AUGUCUUUGAUGUUCUCCCGCCCAGCCAAAUUCCUCUGCCUGCCCCUCCUGAGCCUGAGAGAGCAGUUCUCCAGCAGAGACCUGGCCACAGCCCAGAAGGAGGUGGACUGUUGAGCACUCAUGUCUUCUUAAUGCUCCAUAACUUUACCAAGGUCAUUGGCUGGGUCAGGAUAAGGUUCCUGGAUGUGACACCACCAUCCACACAAUUAACAACAGGCCAUGGGUGGUUGUCUUGUGUGUGUGUGUGCUUGAUGUAACUGGCAGUUUGAGGACCCAGACUGGGAGUGCUGGCAGGGAGCAUUAACCCUUCGCCUCCCGCUGCAGCCCCGGUCUAGAUGGGAAGGUUUUUGCUUCUUUGCAUUGGAAGGAAAGCUCCCAUUCUUACCUGGGAAAGAGAUUCUCUUCAAAGGCAGAUUAAAAGCAAGCCUUCACUCCUUUUUGGAUCUGGAAUGCAGAAGGUUCUGGAAAGGCUAAAUCUCCUGCUCCCAGUGUCUCAAUUCAAUUUAAGAUGCCCUGCACCUAUUAUUUACUUUAAAAACAAACAAACAAACAUAGUUGGUAAAGCAUGAGGGUCAUGGGUUCAAGCACCACUUUGGGCAAAAGGUUCAUGCAUUGCAGGGGGUUGGACUAGAUGACCCUUGGUGUUCCCUUCCAACUCUAUAAUUCUAUGAUUGAAUUGCUGCUUGUGUGAAUGGUGUCCUGUCUAGUCUGGCCUUUUAUCCCCUCCUUCCUGCUUUGUGUGAAGUUGGCAUAUAUAUAUAUAUAUAUAUAUAUAUAUAUAUAUAUAUAUAUUCAUAUUCCAGAACCACUUAAUGCUGGAAGAAGAUUCUGAUCUACCUCCUCAAGACGCACGUGAGGCUGCUCAUUCUCUCUCUCUCUCUCUCUCUCUCUCUCUCUUUCUCUCUCUCUCUUAAUAAAUUAUACAACAGGGCCCACAAAGAGGAGGAGGGAAGUCCAGGAGAUUCUUCGGAAUCUUGUUUGCAUGUUGCAUACGUAAAGCUUUAAUCUGAAAAACCAAAUAAAUAAAUGAAAUAUACUCGGCGUCAAGAGUGGAUUUCAUGCUCUUUAUUCAGCUCAUAGUGGUGAGGAGGAAUGGAAGUUCCCCCAGAAUGUCUGCUUUAUAUACAUUAUUAACACAAUGGGCCCCACGUGAUUGGCUAAUUCCGGGAUUCACCUGAAGGCCAAUCAGGUUGCGGAUUCCCUUCCAUCUGGAGCUGGAUUGGGUGGCUCCUGUGGACCAAUCAGACUGCUGCAUUCUGAAUCCUAUUGUUCUAGGACCAAUCAGACUGCUGCAUUCUGAAUCCUAUUGUUCUAGGACCAAUCAGACUGCUGCCUUUUGGAUCCUAUUCAACUCAGUACAUAACAACCAGGUUGACCCUCCCCCUUCCAUUGCACACCAGUAGCCAUGAGUAACUCAAGCAAGUGAUCCAAGCUACAUGCUACAAGGAGAAACGGAAAAAGCAAGAGGUCACCCUCUUGAUGAGAUGCGAGAAAAUCUGCUUUGUGAGCCCAGAUCCUGCCAAGGAACUUGGAGCUAGAAGAUCAGAGAUAGACCACUUGCCAUGCAUGUAGAAGGUCAACGAUUUAAUCUCUGGUAUCUCAAGGGAGGGCCGGGAGGAGAGAUUCCUGCUCGAAACCCUGGCAAGCCAUUGCCAGUCAGCGAAGAAAACCACCGAUGAGUUUGUAUAAACUAGCAACUCCUUAAGUUCCCAGGAGAAAGAGGAGAGCACAAAAUAUGGUCUGAAGCUCAACAUCAAAAAAACGAAGAUCAUGGCCACUGGGCCCAUCACCUCCUGGCAAAUAGAAGGGAGGCAGUGAGAGGUUUUACUUUCUUGGGCUCCAUGAUCACUGCAGAUGGUGACAGCAGUCAUGAAAUUAAAAGACGCCUGCUUCUUGGGAGAAAAGCAAUGACAAACCUAGACAGCAUCUUAAAAAGCAGAGACAUCACCUUGCCAACAAAGGUCCGUAUAGUCAAAGCUAUGGUUUUCCCAGUAGUGAUGUAUGGAAGUGAAAGCUGGACCAUAAAGAAGGCUGAUCGCUGAAGAAUUGAUGCUUUUGAAUUAUGGUGUUGGAGGAGACUCUUGAGAGUCCCAUGGACUGCAAGAAGAUCAAACCUGUCCAUUCUGAAGGAAAUCAGCCCUGAGCGCUCACUGGAAGGACAGAUCCUGAAGCUGAGACUCCAAUACUUUGGCCACCUCAUGAGAAGAGAAGACUCCGUGGAAAAGACCCUGAUGUUGGGAAAGAUGGGGGGCACAAGGAGAAGGGGACGACAGAGGACGAGAUGGUUGGACAGUGUUCUCGAAGCUACCAGCAUGAGUUUGACCAAACUGCGGGAGGCAGUGGAAGACAGAAGUGCCUGGCGUACUCUGGUCCAUGGGGUCACGAAGAGUCGGACACGACUAAACGACUAAACAACAACAACAAGUUCCUAGGCGCUCUGCAACUUGACCCCAUGCACAUUACUCCAGAAACCAGCAGGAUUUACUCCCAGUUAAGUGUAUCUUGGAUUUUGCUUCGCAACAAUAAGCAUUUCAACUCUCAAACUUUCUGUAUGAUCUUGAGCAGCUUAUUAGCACUCAGCUUCUGCCUCCGAUUUCAAAAGAAUAUUGAGGAAUCUGGCUGAAGCUUCCUAAGAUCCCAGCCUUACAAGGAUGGAGGCAAUUCUGAAUGGGGGUCAAGCUGUCUGGAAGCCUGUCAAUCCUGGAUAUAUGAAGGCAGCGAUAUAAGGGAAGUGCUCUGUCCGUGCUCAGAAACACUCUCUUCCAAGGGGUGGAAGAUAAAGGAGAUAAAAUUCCGUCAAAAGAGGAGUGGCAAGUAAAAAUGCUUGAAUACAUGGAACUAGCAUACAUGACGGAAAAGAUCAGUGAUCCACCAACCCAAAAGUUCAAAAGGGAAUGGGAGAUCUAUAGACAAUAUUUAAAAGAACAGUGUCCCCAUAUAAAAACUUUAGAAUGCUUUGAAUAACUCUCAGAAUUGAAAAAGGUAUAAAGAUCACAAACAAGAUUUAAUAAAGUUUAUUGAAAAAAUAGAGGCCAGUAAUUAAGGAAACAAAGAACCCAUAUCAAGGAAGUCGGAAGUUGAUGGCUGGAAUUUUUGUGUGCAUUUGUGAUAUAUUGUUCUAUUUCUUCUUCUUUUUUUGUAGGAGAUGUAUUGUGUUUCUUUUGUUUUCUUUUUCUAAGCUUCCGUUGUGUGUAUAUGUGUUGAUUUUGCACCAAUAAAGAUUGAAUUGCAAAAAUAAAAACAAAAAAUAGAAACACUCUCUUCUUUAUACUACGUCACACUCUCCAGCGUUCGGCAAAGACAAAUUUUGCAGCAUGAUUUUGGAGAUCUGAGUGCAGCCUUCCGCUCAGUUAUGCAUGUACACUAAACAUUUGAAGUGCAAAUGCUACCCACCCCCCCCAAAAAAAAACCUGGGGAAAAUAGUUUACCCCAUCCAUAAUCCUUAACAAACUACACCUCCCAAGAUUGGCAGGGGGUGGGCAGGGCGUGUGUACUUUAAAUGUUUGGGGUGUUACUGGGUGACCCCAUUGCUGGGCCAGUGCCUGAUAUACGUAUAAGCUAAACAAGCUAUACCUUAGGGCCCACACUCUUGGGGGCCCCAAAAAAAUUUAAAGGAAAGAACACCUGGAUGUACAUUUCCAAAAUAUAAGAUAAAAAACAAAUAAAAUAAAACUGACAUACAGCAACAGUGUUUUGUGUUGUGUAGGCUCCUAUGAUGUAAGUAAUGGGCCCCACCUGCUUGCCUGCUCCCUAAAAUAUCACUGGUUUGCUCAUUUCUAUAUAUUGGGUGCCUACAUUCUGCAUAUGGGACACGGGUGGCGCUGUGGGUUAAACCACAGAGCCUAGGGCUUGCCGAUCAGAAGGUCGGCGGUUCGAAUCCCCGCAACAGGGUGAGCUCCCAUUGCUCGGUCCCUGCUCCUGCCAACCUAGCAGUUCGAAAGCAUGUCAAAGUGCAAGUAGAUAAAUAGGGAAGGUAAACGGCGUUUCCGUGCGCUGCUCUGGUUCGCCAGAAGCGGCUUAGUCAUGCUGGCCACAUGACCCGGAAGCUGUACGCCGGCUCCCUCGGCCAGUAAAGCAAGAUGAGCGCCACAACCCCAGAGUCGGUCAUGACUGGACCUAAUGGUCAGGGGUCCCUUUACCUUUACCUUACAUUCUGCAUGUGCAAAUGGCUUUAGAUACCUAUUAGGUCCAUAAAUUACCAUAUAGCAUAUAUUCAGAAGAAAAACAGCGACAAUUUGUUGUUGACAAAGGACAGCUGGACAUAUAAAGGGCCCCAUUACCUUCAGGAGCUUAGGGCUUCAUCACACCUAAAUCUGGCCCUGCACUGCCCCCUAACCUCGCCUCUGCCUGACAGCGCUGCUUGCUCUGAAGCUAUAAGGGCGCCAGAAUGAUCCAGAGCUCCAAGACUGGCAGCUAGACAGUGCCAGGCCCAGUCCAGAAUCCAGAGAAGAGGACCUCUGCUGCAACCUCCACCCCCAAGGCUGCCCCCCCGGCCCUCAACCGUCUCUCCAAUGCCUUAUAAAACCAGAAAUGAAUGGUCACAAGAAGGAGCACACAUCAUUUCCCUGCAAUAGGCACCUGUGGGUUUGAAGAGGCUUUGCGUGGGUUUGCUUUCCUCACAGAAAGAACCCUGAAUUUUAAUGGGGGGGGGGAGGUUGGUAAGCAGAGCAAGCACUUACCAUACCCUCCAAUAUUUCUCCGAUGAAAAUAGACAUCCUAAAUAAUAAUCAUCAUAAUCAUAACAACAACAACGUUUUAUGCGUUGGAAGCUACACAGAGUGGCGGCUUCCAACACAUUAUUUUAUUAUUUAUUAUUUAUUUUAUUUUAUUUUAUUUAUACCCCACUGUCUGACUAGGUUGCCCCAGCCAGUCUGGGCGGCUUCCAACACAUAUAAAAACAUAAUUAAACAUUUAAAAACUUCCCUAUACAGAGCUGCCUUCAGGUGUCUUUUAAAGGCUGUCUUGUUACUUAUGUCCUUGGCUCGGGGGUUCCAUAACUCCAUGCCCACCAACGUUUCUCGGAUGAUGAAAAUAGAGAUAUCCUAUGGAAAAAUGGGACAUUGGGGGAUCAAAUAAAAAAACUGGGGCGGCUUUUGUAAAUCUGGCAGUCUCCCUGGAAAACGGGGACGUUUGGAGCAUCUGCAAAAGGCGACUGUGGGUUUGAGGAGGUUUCUUUUUCCCAAGGAAAGCGCCCUGCAUUUUUAUUUUGGUUCCUUUUUUUUGCGUGAGCGCAGCAAGCACUUUCCCUUGCAAGAAUCAGCCCUCCCCCGCGCGCCCGGCCCCCAAACUCGCGUGGAAACCUCGCCGCCAAUUUACCGGUACUUUGUUUUUACUCUCUUUUUUGUUUAUAUUUGUGAUCUUGUCUUUUUUCCUUUUUUUCUGUUUUUCUUUUGUUGUGUUAUGUGUUAUAUCUGUUAGAAACUUAUUUUUUUUUUUUUUUUUAAAGAAACCUCGCCGCUACUUUCCCGUCUAGGAUGGGCGCGCAAAAGCAUCGGCGCGCCAGCUUGGAGACGUAGCGGGUUGCGCGCGUGGAGAGUUGGACGGCGGCGCGUCCUGAGCAGCUUGGGGAGGGGCGCCGUCGGGCGAGUGUGGGGAGCUGCCGGCUGUCUACCUUGGAAGAGGGGCGGCGGUGGGCGGAGGAAGGCGCCGGAGGGCGGGCGGAGGAGAGGCGGGGAGGCGGCGGCGGCAGGACGGUGCCUGGAGGGGGCGGUGCCGCGGCUCCCGUCUCCGGAGCGCACGUAGCGGCCGCAGGGCGCACGGGCUCAGUCGGCAGGCGCUCCUUCUCCGUCCCGGGUGCCUCGGCUCGCCUCGCCGUCCGAUGCUCAUGCUGCGGGCUCCCGAUCCGGGCUCGGGCGCCGGAGCGCUCGUGGCCCAGCCCGACGGGGCGGCGGACCCGGCCGGCUGCGGCGUGGACGACGAGGCUCUCCAAGCCGCGCGCCUUCGCGGCCGCAGGCUGUCCGGCCGCCGCGGCUCCAACUACAAGAUCAGCCGCCGCCAGCUCGGCCGAGCUGGCGGCGCUCAGGGGCUUCGACGGCGCCGACGCGCCCCGACGGGAGCUGCAGGCGGCGGCGGCGGUAGGAGCUCUGGCCGGCGCGCCGCCGCCGCCGCUGCUGCCGCCGCCUCCCUCCUGCGCUCCUGCCGCGCCGGGAUCCGCGGGCAGCGAGAGCCCCCGCGAGGCCGCGCCGUCGCAGCCGCCCACCGAGCGCGAUCACUGGGAGCAGGAGGAGAACGAAGAGGCCGAGACGCGCGCCGUGGCCACGUCCCCCGACGGACGCUUCCUCAAGUUCGACAUCGAGAUCGGACGCGGCUCCUUCAAGACCGUCUACAAGGGGCUGGACACCGAGACCACCGUCGAGGUGGCCUGGUGCGAGCUGCAGGUUGGUCAGCAACCGGUGGGAAGGGGGGGGGUCCCGUUUUGCUGGGGGUCCCACUUUGGUUUCAGUCUUUACCUUCGAGGCUCAGCCUCUGGGAUUUGCUGGCAGCUCGGAGCAGGGGAAGAGGCGAAGGAAGAAGAGCGCCUCUGAGCGCGUGCAGAGUGAAUUCCCGCCAGCUGCAGCCGCGACUUCGCCAGUUAGGGUUUUGUUUUUGUUUUUGAACAUUUUUUUUAUUGGUUUUCACAACAUUAUAAGACAAACAAACAUAAAUCAUAGCCUUAUUGAAAAUAACACUUGUUAACCUUGUUAAGGGACUUCCUCGCUUCCCCUUGGUUGAAUUUCAUUGCAUGUCCUUUUAACGGUUUUCCAAAUCACAGUUCUUAUAAAAUUUAACUUAAACUUUAACAUCCUUAGGGUUUUGAAGGGCUUUGAGGCUCAGGGAGUGUCCGAGACGCAGCCCCUCUCUUUUGGGGAGCUCAAGUGUGAGGUAAAGGGUAAAGGUACCCCUGACCAUUAGGUCCAUUCGUGACCGACUCUGGGGUUGCGGCGCUCAUCUCGCUUUAUUGGCCGAGGGAGCCGGCGUACAGCUUCCGGGUCAUGUGGCCAGCAGGACUAAGCCGCUUCUGGCGAACCAGAGCAGCGCACGGAAACACCGUUUACCUUCCCGCUGGAGCGGUACCUAUUUAUCUACUUGCACUUUGACGUGCUUUCGAACUGCUAGGUUGGCAGGAGCAGGGACCGAACAACAGGAGCUCACGCCGUCGCGGGGAUUUGAACCGCUGACCUUCUGAUCGGCAGGUCCUAGGCUCCGUGGUUUAACCCACAGCAGCACCCGCGUCCCUAGCUCAGGUGUAGGGAGAGAAAAUAGUUGUGCCACAAGAGCACAACCUCUGGGAACCGCAGUUUACCUUUCUCCGAGCUACAAUUCCCAGCACCCUUAACAAACGGCAUUCCCCAGGAUAUUUUGGGGGAAAGAAUGUGCUUUCAAUGUGCAGUGUGAAUGUGAAAGGUGUUGAAUGUCAGGGUGUCUGAAGCUCUGAGACCCCUUGACCGGUGACUUAAAUUUUUCUCACUUAAAUCUUCCUCGCUUUCUUAAUGUCAGCUGGCACAGCUCUGUUUAGGACUUGCUCUAUUGUUCCACCAUUGUUUUCUUUCUUUAUGCCCCUUCUCUGGAGUCUGGUACUUGUGGUUCGUCGAUUUAUAUGGGCUUAGUUCGUUCCCGUGGUUUCAGAGCAGAAAAUUCUGCUCAAUGAUGGAAAAAGAGCUCUAGCUGUUAGGUGUGAAAGUCGCCAAAGUGAAUCACUGCUUCGGUUGUUCAUUCAUUCCAGGAAACAGAAUGCCAAGAUUGGGUCGAAAUUUUAUAUAUAAAUAUAUAUACAUAGAAAAUGACAGGCACUGCAUCCAGUAAGCGUAUUUCUAAAAAGAGGAGUUCGAUAAAUUGGAAAUUGGGGGGCGAGUGGUUGUAGGGAGAACCCUGUUAGAGACUUACAUACUCUGUGGGACCAAGGUGAGAAUUUCUGGCAUCUUCUCAUCUUGGUGGGGGGGUGGGAGAACCAGUGGAGCUCAGGUCCAGAUGAGGUGAUGGAGAGGAACAGGAGCACACACCCCCCUUGAAGAAAAUCUGCCUGCUUGUCUGGUUAUGAAAAAGGAGGGCAGGCGAUAUCGCAAAAUUAUAACGUGUCUUCUGCACAGCAAAUUGUUGUAUGGGCUUCUGUUAUGCAUCUCAGAGGGGAAUUGCAGGUUUCUUUACUGGCUGCGGGGUACAGAUGCUAUUGCUGGGUCACAGACCCAUGGGAUGUAGCUGUCUGCCUGCUUUCGUUCUCUUCGCUGCUAUUCUGGAAGACGAGAAGCCAACUUUGCCCUCUCCCUCCAGAUGUGAUGGAGCGGGAGGGGAGGGGUGUUGUCAAAGCCAAAGGGUCCAAUGUUUAGUUCUUGCCUUCUCUUCCUCCAGAGGUGUAGUUCUCAAAUCUACAUGAUCAUUGGAAAUGUACUCUGCAUAUGCUCAGAGGCACACCUGCGUCGUCACCUUUUUUUCAGAGCUGAGCCCAGAUUUGGACUCUGGCUUUAGAGCUGAGGCCGGAUGCAAGGCGAUCCCUCUUUGAGAUUAGAGUUGUUGCCGUUCCGUGAUGAUUUUGAGUGAGGGUGUUUCGUUGGCACAGCUUUCUUUGCUCAAGGACUGGCAUGGGGAGACGGCAGCAACCUGGGAUUUGCCACUGCAUCAGAGCUGCAGGACUUGAUGCUGGCAUGGAGAGGAAGGGAAGGCAAUGGAGCUGGCUGCCGCUUUUGUGCAGGCUGUGUUUGCCAGAGGGAUUAAUUUGGAAGAGUUCAAUGUGACUUGCUUGGCACCGCAAAAUCGAUCAUGUGCCAUAAAGGUGUAUGAGGGAGACAGAGUCUCCCGCCUCCCCCAAAGCUUUGGGAAAUGUGUGUGUGUGUGUUUGUGUGUGGUUGGAACAGGUGCGAGGAAGGGCAGAAUUUUUUAUUGUGUUUCCAAAAAUGGAAAAAUUACACACCACCCCAGUUUAAAAAAAAAAAGUGUACAGACUGUUAUGAAAGCUUUUCUCUAAGGAUAGGUAGAACACGAGACCCACUCAGAGCUAGAGAAAUCCUAGGAAGUUGUCUAGGCACUAGAACUUUUUGCGUUGUGCCUAAGAAGUUGAAAUAUUUUUCUAAUGCUAAUUUGAAACUGCCUUCCGCUUGAUUGAAUUUUCUGGGAAAUUCAAACGUCUAUGUACCAACCUAAGUUAUCUGAACAGAAGAUUUUUAAAAACAUGCUCUGGCCAAGAUUAGUUCUACUCCCGAGUAGACCUUUUGAAAUUAGAAGGCACCGGUGCUAUUUUUCUAGAAAAAAAGGCGCCAGAGCUCACCAUGAAAGCCUCCCUUGUUCUCCUUGAGAGGUGGCCGGAACUGAGUUCCUGUGGGUUCUGGCUGGGAAAAAAAUGCCCUGGAAGGCAGAAAUAACUUGGGUAUAUUAAGUUCAACAGGUCCACUCUUGAGUAGAACAACCCUAUAUAUUCAGAGUUGCUCAGCUGGUAGAGCAGGGGUCAGCAAACUUUUUCAGCAGGGGGCCAGUACACUGUCCCUCAGACCUUGUGGGGGGCCGGACUAUAUUUGGGGGGGACGACGAAUUCCUAUGCCCCACAAAUAACCCAGAGAUGCAUUCUAAAUAAAAGCACACAUUCUACUCAUGUAAAAACACACUGAUUCCCAGACCGUCCACGGGCUGGAUUGAGAAGGCGAUUGGGCCGGAUCCGGCCCCCGGGCCUUAGUUUGCCUACCCAUGUGGUAGAACAUGAGACUCGAGUUAUGGGUUCGAGUCCCUUGUUGGGCAAAAGAUUCCUGCGUUGUAGGGGGCUGGACUAGAUGGCUCUUGUGGUCCCUUCCAACUUUGCAGUUCUGUGAUUCUGUCCUUAAGAGCCCAGUAGAACAGUCACCCUCUACUGAACACUGUUUCCAUCCCUCGGCCUUUCAGUGAGAACAAAAUGUUAUUUAAAAUGAAGGCCCUCUCUUGCAUUUAUUAAACAGUCUAAUCAGUCCUGCAGCCAAAGAUCAGGCUGGUUAGCACGAAUCAAGAUGUAACAUGCAGCCCUCUCAGCAAUUCCCCACCCUCCCUCCUUGGUUCCCCCAUUCAUAUUCUCCCACCCUCCAAAAUUUUACCUGUCCAAUUCCUGCCUCCCCCCUUCAGCUCAGUAUUCCCUCUUUCCUUCAGACCUCUGUCUCCGCCCAUUCUUCCCUCAAGUUCCUGCUCCUCAUCCUGCUUCACCAUUCUGGGCACCUUGCCCAUUUCCUCUAUACCAUCUAGGACUCCUUCCCACUCCACCGCUUGCCGUUCAGUCUUUCUGCCUGCUUGGGACCAGUUCCCUGCUCUGGUCUUGCGAAAGGACAUAGGGUCUCCUGUUUCCAGGUUCUGCGUGAGGUUUCUCCCAGCCGAAAUGACUUUCCCCCUUCCCUCACAGAAGCAGCAAUAUCUGCUUGCAGUGCUUCUGCUGACACCCUUCCCUGACACCCUUCCCUAUUAAAUCAUUUUUUAUCUGACCUCCCAUUAUUUCUUCACAAUGUAACCACUCAUAUCCCUUAUUUAAUAUUUACUUUAAUAGUGGCUGAAUUUUUGAGUGCUGUCCAUGUAGAAAUACAUUAUAAAGAGAUUUAAAGGUAAAGGGACCCCUGACCAUUAGGUCCAGUCGUGACCGACUCUGGGAUUGCGGCGCUCAUCUCUCUUUAUUGGCCAAGGGAGCCGGCGUACAGCUUCCCGGUCAUGUGGCCAGCAUGACUAAGCCGCUUCUGGCGAACCAGAGCAGCGCACGGAAACGCUGUUUACCUUCCUGCCGGAGUGGUACCUAUUUAUCUACUUCCACUUUGUGCUUUCAAACUGCUAGGUUGGCAGGAGCAGGGACCGAGCAACGGGAGCUCACCCCGUCGCAGGGAUUCGAACCGCCGACCUUCCAAUCCGCAAGUCCUAGGCUCUGUGGUUAACCCACAGCGCUACCCGCUUCCCAUAAAGAGAUUUAGUGGUUCUUAAUUGAUUGGUGAUGUGGUAGUGUUGUAUUAUAUUAUUUAUGCAAAUUGAUUUUCUCUGGAGUUAAAGAUCUGGUUGGAACAAACCCUGUAUUGCUGAGCUCGUAUUUUGCACAAUUUGAAUAUGGUGUAUGUUUGAUAAUGUGUGGUUUGCUGUACCUAAUACCUAAUGCUGUGCUUAAUAAAGGAUAUUUGAUUAGAAUGUUUGUGAACAUUCCCUUCCAAACCAGUCCAAACCAGUAGCCAAUGUGGGAAGAAGUAGGUGGGCACAUUUUAGCCUAUAAAAUAUACAAAUAUGAAGGAGUUGGUUGCGUCUUACGCAUGUCUUCGUUUACUUAAGGUCAUUAUGAAAGGCCAAACAUUAUGUGUCAUUGGUGCAUUGAGUUAAAAUAAAGGAAGGACAGCCGAGGCUGGCAUUUUGGAAAUUUAUUAAUGUUUAAGUUUCGCUCUUUUCGUUCCAAGAGUGGCUAGGGCUCGUUGCAGUUCACCGGGCCCUGACUACACUGAUACGGUUCGCGUGUAUGUGGUAGGAGAAUAUGAGCUUUAUUUUGCCCGAAGUUUUCUUUUCUACAGACGUUUGCAUUUUGCAGCCAAAAAAAGGGAAAGAAAUAGAACUUUUCUCUGCAAUGUAGCAAGUUUCAGAGGUGUGGCUAGGUUGAUUUAUUACACACACAAACUUGCAUGCUCAACUUGCGGCACCUUGAAAGGCAAACAGAUUUAUUGUGGCGUGCGCUUUCAGAGCAGUGUGCUAGAUUGAGGGCUGGAUAAAUUCAAUCCAACUUUCCUCGUGAAUCCUCGUUCAGCCAUUCCGUGCGGUCUCCCUUUGAAGCUUGAAGAACGGCAACUUUCAGGUCAGCAGGCAGAGCACUCUGGAAGACCGGCUUCUGAAUGCGAUCGUUUUUUAUUGAUGUCCAUUGAUUGUUUUGCGAGGAAAAGAUCAGCUUCCAGUGUUCAGCGUGCCAGCCAUCACAACCUCUUGAGGGGGGUAGUUCCAUAGUUCGUGUUGCAUGAAGAAGGACUUUCUGAAUAUUCCAAUGAAUUCUAGACUUAUGGUAAAGGUAAAGGGACCCCUGACCAUUAGGUCCAGUCGUGACCGACUCUGGGGUUGCGGCGCUCAUCUCGCUUUAUUGGCCGAGGGAGCCAGCGUACAGGUCAUGUGGCCAGCAUGACUAAGCCACUUCUGGCGAACCAGAGCAGCGCACGGAAACACCGUUUACCUUCCUGCCGGAGUGGUACCUAUUUAUCUACUUGCACUUUGACGUGCUUUCGAACUGCUAGUUUGGCAGGAGCUGGGACCGAGCAACGGGAGCUCACCCCGUUGUGGGGAUUCAAACCACCGGCCUUCUGAUCGGCAAGUCCUAGGCUCUGUGGUUUAACCCACAGCGCCACCCGCGUCUCUUUCUAGACUUAUGAGAGAGGGAGAAAAAAGUUUUCUAUCCUGUUUCACCAUGCUAUGCAUGUUGAAGCUUUUACUCGGUGGGCAGGGGUGUUCUCCACCCCCCUGAUGAUGUCGGUUGCCCUUUCCCAAACCUUUUCCAGCUCUGCACUCUCCUUUUUUAGUUGAGGCGACCAGAACCAUACAUAGUAUUCCAAAUGCAGUCGCACCAUAGAUUUUUAUAACAGCGUUAUAAUAUCCGCAGUUUUAUUUUCAGCUCUUUUCCUCAUGGUUCCCAACAUGGAAUUCACUCAAGGCCAGUUCAGAAUCCAUUAGUAUAUUUGUGAAAUGAAGAUAUUUAAUAUUAUGACGCUUGUUUUACUGAAUUUUACUGCUCAUCCGCUCAGUUUGGAAAGGUCUCUUUGAAGCGCCCCUCAGUCCCUUUUUGUUUUAUCCACCCCGAACAAUUUCAUAUCACCAGAAAACUUGGCUGCCUCACUGCUCACCCCGAACUCUAGGUCAUGUGUGAACAAGUUUAAAAGAACAGGUUCCCAAUACUGAUCCUUCGAGGAUUCUACUUUCUGCAUUCUUCCGUCUGGAGAACUGCCAAUUAUUCCUGCCCUGUAUCUCUUACUGUCGCUCUGACGCCGACCUGAAAGGCACUGUUUUCCAGUGGGUGGGGGACUUCAAAGGCUGAAAUAGAUGAACUGGAAUUUACCAGUAAAUUUGAUUUUAUUUACUUAGGACUCAAUCAGGUCCAAGGUUUUCUCUCCCGCUACAGCGUUAAGUAAGCACAGUAAAGCUAGGAAGAUUGUGUUAUCACCAAGUACUGUCACCUUGAGUUGUCACUGCGCUUAACUUGUAUACAGACUGUGCACCUGACAUUUCUUCGUUUUGUAUAAGCGCACAGACACACCCAACUGAAGAUGACACUCGAAGGUGCCAUAAGACUCUGUUGUUGUUUUUCUUUAUUGUCACCGCAAUGUCUCUGGGAACCUCCUAGUCCUCUAGCAGUCCAAAUAAAGAUGAUACUUGAGGAUUCUUAAGUCACUGGUGGCUGCUUAGACACGUUUCCUUCAUCCUAUCUGCUGUGGCUUCUUGGCCAUGUCCGAAAAACCAAGAAGUCACCCUCUAUUCUUUUUGUCCUACUGACUCGCGAGUGUGGCCACCCAUCUUUGGCCUUUGCUCUCUGUUUAUCCCCAAAUUGCACCGAAUCAGGUGUUGAGGCUACCUCUGGACUCAUACAUGUUGGGAAGUUUAACUCCUGAAUAAUCAGAAUAAUCCAAACAGGUGAAGGCAGCCGUCUUCAAAAUUAGCCAGGCGCACUUUGCACCCAUGCUUUCAACCACUUGUGACCAAGUGAAGAUGACUGGGCACCAGAAUGGUGCCUGAUAUCUCCACCAUCUGGGGAUCAUUGGAUCGGGACUGCUUUCACACACUUAACACCCCACCCUAUAGAAUUCUAUCAGUUAUAUUUUAUCUAUACAAUCGGGAUGAAUUUCGGGAACCGAAAUGCGUUUUCUGUGCAGCCUGAGCAGGAACAGUCACCACUAAGGAAAAGAGCUCAGAAUGGGCCAAUAUAUAUGUUGGCUGAUCUGGAUCAAGUGACUUUUCUUCUUUCAGUUCUCAAAACUCUUAAGCUAGCUCAAGAUAGUCCUCCGAACUAGCCAGACAUUUAACUGAGAAUCAGUCACAGUCAGUCCAUCGUUUGAAAAAUAAGGCUUUUGAGCCGUUUGGCUCCAAAACGGCAACUAGACAUUCUGUUUUGGCUGUUUUGGGACUACAGUUCCCAUCAUCCUUGACCACUGGUCCUGUUAGCUAGGGAUGAUGGGAGUUGUAGUCCCAAAACAGCUGGAGGGCCAAGUUUGGCCAUGCCUGGUUUAAGGAGUCUUCCUGCACCCAGCUUAUAUAUCUGAGUUUCUAACACAGGAAGGAAGGCUACUUAAGGUCACUUUGAGGGGUGAGUGGUGCUAGGUUUGGAUAGGUUUUUUAAAAUGUUGAGGUUUACUGUUGUAAUAUGGCUUCUCAGUGCAGGCACCGAAUUCAUUUGGAAUUAUAACCAAAAGCCUCUGUAGACAAACGGGACUAAAUUGACAUAGUGGUCAUUUCCACCAAGUAUUUUACAUUGGUUAACAAGUUAAAAGCAUCAUCAUCAACAUGAGAAAUAACCUGUUGUUCCCCCCGAAAAUGCAACGCCAAAAAGCUUUUGCCAGACUCUUGUUUUGAACAGAUGGAAUCAAAGGUUCAACUGGGGAGAUCUGGGGGCAUCCCAGUCCAAGAGGGAUUAUGUAUCUGUGGGGCAGCAGAUUUAGUGAGUAGGGUUGCCCCACUAUAUUCUUGAAUGCCAGCUUUAUUCUGAUUUUAGAGAACUCUUUCCAAAGAGCAGUUCAGUAUGAGGGAAUGACAGAAAAAAUUAACUUUAUGUUACAAUGAACUGAUCACAGCUUUUGCUGUAUAGGCUUCCAGUCCUGGGAAAAUAUAUUUGGAAUCCAUUUCAGUUCACUGCUAUACAGAUGCCACAGUUUCCCCUAUCUGGUUUGUUUUUAACAAACACAGUGGUACCUCGGUUUACGAACUUAAUCUGUUCCGGAAGCCCGUUCUUAAACCAAAACCAUUCUUAAACCAAGGCAUGCUUUCCCUAAUGAGGCCUUCCACCAACGGUGCCCUUCCACCGUUCGGAUUCCGUUCUUAGACCGAGGUAAAGUUCUCAAACCAAGACACUAUUUCCAGUUUUGUGGAGAUUGUAAACCAAAUCGUUCUUAAACUGGACUGUUCUUAAACCAAGGUACCACUGUACUACAAAACUUUGUCCGUGUAUGCUUUCUGCAUUGCAUCGGAAAUGUGUGCCUUAAGUGGACACCUUCCAUGUGGUUAGUUUGUUUUGUCUUAGAAUCAUAGAAUUGUAGAGUUGGAAGGGACCAACUAGUCCAGUCCCCCCCUGCAAGGCAGAAAUAUUUUUACCCAAUGUGGGGCUCAAACCUACAAUCCUGAGAUUAAACUCUGCCAUCUUAAAAGGUAAAGGGACCCCUGACCAUUAGGUCCAGUCAUGUCUGACUCUGGGGUUGCAGCACUCAUCUCGCUUUACUGGCAGAGGGAGCCGGCGUACAGCUUCCGGGUCAUGUGGCCAGCAUGACUGAGCUGCUUCUGGCGAACCAGAGCAGCGCACGGAAACACUGUAUACCUUCCCGCUGGAGCGGUACCUAUUUAUCUACUUGGACUUGACGUGCUUUCGAACUGCUAGGUUGGCAGGAGUUGGGACCGAGCAACGGGAGCUCACCCCGUCGCGGGGAUUCGAACCGCCACCUUCUGAUCGGCAAGUCCUAGGCUCUGCCAGCUUAGCUUCAGGCUAAUUCAGCCAAUUCUUUUCUGCUUUUGAACACGAGAUUUGCAGCCUGGCUUUGGGGUCAUACGGCCCUGAAUCUUCCUGGCGGCUGUGAUUUACUGCUGUCCAAAGUGGACCUCAGCCCCCCUGAGGCAUGUGGUCUCAGCAGGGUCCCAAGUCCUUAUUUGCCAGGUUGAGGGCUGGAACUGAAAACUCGUAUGACAGUUGUGGGUGGCUUGCCCUGUUUUCUGUGCUGAUGUUCUGGGAGCUUUCUCUUUUUAGGGACGCGGGUGAUGCUGUGGUCUAAGCCACUGAGCCUCUUGGGCUUGCCGAUCAAAAGGUUGGCGGUUCGAAUCCCCGCGACGGGGUGAGCUCCCGUUGCUCUGUCCCAGCCCCUGCCAACCUAGCAGUUUGAAAGCACGCCAGUGACAAACCUAGACAGCAUUUUAAAAAGCAGAGAUAUCACCUUGCCAACAAAGGUCUGUAUAGUUAAAGCUAUGGUUUUCCCAGUAGUGAUGUAUGGAAGUGAGAGCUGGACCAUAAAGAAGGCUGAUCGCCAAAGAAUUGAUGCUUUUGAAUUAUGGUGCUGGAGGAGACUCUUGAGAGUCCCAUGGACUGCAAGAAGAUCAAACCUAUCCAUUCUUAAGGAAAUCAGCCCUGAGUGCUCACUGGAAGGACAGAUCGUGAAGCUGAGGCUCCAAUACUUUGGCCACCACAUGAGAAGAGAAGGCUCCCUGGAAAAGACCCUGAUGUUGGGAAAGAUGGAGGGCACAAGGAGAGGGGACGACAGAGGAUGAGAUGGUUGGACAGUGUUCUCGAAGCUACAAACAUGAGUUUGACCAAACUGUGGGAGGCAGUGGAAGACAGGAGUGCCUGACAUGCUCUGGUCCAUGGGGUCACGAAGAGUCGGACACGACUAAACGACUAAACAACAAAAAUGGCAGGAAAGUAAACGGCAUUUCCAUGCGCUCUGGUUUCCGUCACUGUGUCCCAUUGCAGCAGAAGCGGUUUAGUCCUGCUGGCCACAUGACCUGGAAAGCUGUCUGUGGGCAAACACUGGCUCCCUCGGCCUGAAAGCGAGAUGAGCGCUGCAACCCCAUAGUCGCCUUUGGCUGGACUUAACUGUCCAGGUGUCCUUUACCUUUACCUAUUACCUGUUUCUCUUUUUGUUGCCCUAGGCCUGUUAGCCAUCACUCUGGGGCAAAGUCUGGAGUACUGAAUGGAAUACUACCAGUAAACUGCAUUCCCAUGGGGCUGGUUCAGAUUUCCUGCUCACCUAGCUCCAUCCAUUCCCAGAGGAGUAGUGCUUACCUCUGGGAAUGCAUGGAACUUUGGAAGACAGCAUAAAUGGGCUUAGUAACAGUCGGUGUUUUAUUUACAUAUUUAUUUAAAAGGUAGGUGCUGGUACCAGGCUCCAGCUAAACUCUGCACCCUAUGGCCUGUGUUAUAAAUUUGCCAGGCACGUUUUGCUACUGGCAUGGGUCCACUUGUGACUGCAAAGAGAUUUCUGAGUUGGCGGCCUCAGUUUAAAAAUCUCUGCCUUAAAACUGUUUCCCCUGUGUGUGUGUGUGUGUGUGUGUGUGUGUGUGUUUCUCCUUGCGUACAAGUGAAUUGUUGGAAGAGCAAGCUACAUCAAGCGACGCGGUUGAGAUCAUAGAAUCAUAGAAUUUUAGCUCUGAAAGGGACUCUGAGAGUCGCCUAGUCCAUUUGGCACCUAGCUUAUAAACUGAGUUUCUAACACUGCCUGUGACUUUGAAACCCUUCCUUUGUCCUCUAAUCUCAGACAUACAACGAGAGGCUUUGGGGUAGAUAGGAGGGGAGACACACACUCUGUUUAUAAUGGACAAUUAUGACUUCCAGGGACUUAAGGCUAAGCCCGAUCCAGCCACUUGUUUGUUAUUAGGCAAUACAGGAAUAUUUCAAGUAAAUGAAUAUAUAAUCCUGCAGUGGCGUAGCGUUUCUUCCUUCUCCAGUGACACUCUUCGAUUUGCAGAUGUUUUUCAGGAGGCCAACUAAAAAUAAGGAACAUUUAUCAAGCUUUUCCAAGUCUCUCUCUCUCUCUUUUUUUAAGCAGUCCUUGUGCUGGGGAUAAGCCUCUUUCACAAACACAGGAUUUACUGUCACUUGUUCGCCUUUUAAAAAAUAGCUCUGUCCUAUUUUCUCUCGCAGUGGAUCAUUAUGUUGCCUUUUAAAACAUCUGCGGCCAGCAAACCACAAACCUGAGCUAUUGGGACCCAGCCUCCCCAUCCGAAAAGUUCUGCCCGGGUCUAUUUCUGGUGUGCAGAUUUAAAUUUAAAGCAUCGUUUUAUUGCUGGCCUUCUUUUUGGGGGUGGGGGGUGGGGAAAGAGGUAGCGAAUACCGUCUGGAGCUGUCUAACCAAUAUUUGCUGAGGACGACUAUUUUUUGCAUGUAUUAGUGGGCACGGGAACCAGCGAACAUUGGGUGCACCUCUGAGGGUCCCUAGAGAAAGGGGAACAGAUUCGAGGCUCAGUGCUGGGGACCCAUAAUCCAGAGGCCUGAACAAAUAUUUCAAAUGCAUAAAUGCAAGCCUUAAUACUUCCAGGUACCACUCCCUCCUCAGAAGGCCUGGAAUUAUUUCCAGGCACCUGCGUAAGGUGGGCAGGUCUUUUUAGGCCUCAGUGACGGGUGCUGUGGUGAGGUGACAACGUCAGAGGGCGACUUGUCACCUGCCCCUGCAGCAUAAGUUCACCUAAUUAAUUUCAUAAUUAUUUUACAGCAUAAUUAAUUUCAUAAUUAUGUUGCAGCAUAAUUCAUUUUGUAAUUAUUUUACAGCAUAAUUCAUUUCGUAAUUAUUUUACAGCAGUGGUUUUCAAAGGGUGUGGCGGGAGAGGAUGGCAAACGUGACUGUGAGAUUUGAGGACAAUCAAUAUUCUAUUAAGGGAAUUAUUUGGGUUCAUAUGUAGCUGCAUUGUUUUAGUCUUUCUGGGUCUCCCAUGAUCAUAUUAUAAAGUAGCUGCGUUCUGUGUUAUAAAUCAAGCACUGCCAGGAGUGGUUUCUUUUUUUCUUUUUUUUUCUUUUUUGCUUUCCAAUGUAUUUCUUAGCAAUAAUAAUAAUAAUAAUAAUAAUAAAAAUUGGUGUGGCGCGAACCAGUUUUUGUUCUGGAAGUGUGUCCCAGAGGGAAAAGUUAGACAGCCACUGAGUUAUAGGCUCUGUACCUCAGAGGCUUGGAACGGAUAACAAUGCUUUAAUUUAAAAUAAGACAGAAAUAAAUGCCACACUCUUCUUAUAUGAUACCUCUCCCCUGCUACUUGAGCUCAGUCGCCAAAUAGCUGCCCCGGUUGUGGGUGGCCUCCCAGGAAAUGGGAAUUGCUGGCAAGGGACUCUGUGUCUUAGUUUCAGGGCUGAUAUCGCUUCCACCGCGAGGCUCCCGGUCUCUGCAGAUGGGGUGCAAGCACUGGGGUUAAAACUAAAACUAAAAGAAGUUCCAGGCCUCAAGUUUGCUUUGAAGUUGGAUCUUGGGGUCUGAAGACUCUCCUCCCCAAUGAGUGUUUUCAUGGGCUGGAAAGGGAGAGGCUAUAGGGUUCUUUCAUUUCUUUAAAAAAUUAAAUACAACACAUAAAAAGGGGUUUGAAAAAGAAAGAAAGAAGGAAGGAAGGAAAAAACAAAAGGUAUAUAUUACGAAAACAAUUGUUAACAGUUAACAUUAUGUCCAAAAGACUGAUAACUGCUGCAUUAGAAAGAUAAAUGUAAAUGAUUAAGAAAUUGCCGUAGAAGGCUUUCUGUAAAAGCGUUUGAUCUAUAAUGCAGUAGAAAAAGGGUUUGAACAAAAACCCUGUGGAGAUGAGAGUGGGAAGUCAAUUUGUGGAGCUAUUCAAUCAAAUGGCGAAAUUUUAGAAACAGAAUUAAAAAAUUAUAGUACGAAAACAAAGAAAGAUAAAUGUACAGCUCCAUUUAGCCAAUGGAUCGAAGACCUUACUACGCUUGCCCAUCUGCGAGUGGAUUGCUCAUAGGUGUAGACUUUGCGUGGACAAGUGAAAUGGAAUUUGGAACUGGUUUAUGGAAAAAGCAGUAGGUUGUAAGUUGCAGGUGUUAACUGGGCUCAAACCUAACCCACAAGUGAAUCCCAGUUAAUCCCAUUUAUCGCCUUCUGAGUCUUUUUCGUCCUUGUGAAAACUGCAAGAACCCAGCUAGGGGCAGUGUGUGUGUGUGUGUGUGUGUGUGUGUGUGUUGGGGUGUCAUUGAAGGAAGGCGUCUUUCUAGGCUUGGCACUCUCCCUCUUGUCUAAUCCUGAUUUAUCUUGCUCUCUCCCUUCCUCUUAGAGCUUCGUCUAUAUCACAUUACCCAGGGUUGCAGCAAAGGCCUUGGAACACCGUCAGCCAAGUGUCAUUUCUCUGGGCAGCUGUUGUUUGCACCCAGUGCCCUAGCUGGACAGGGGGGCUCUGGGUUAAAAUAUAUAGGGGCAGGCUGUGGUCCUUAGCUCUAGAGACAAGUAUGCUGCCUGCCUUCCAGCACUCAGAAGGGCUUUUCAAGGAAGACAAGGAGAACAGGAUGCUGCCUUAUAGCAAGUGAGACCGGGACUCGAACCCAAGACCUUCUGGAUGCAAAACAGACGCUCUGCCCCUCCGCUGUAGAGAGGCAUGGAGUGAAGUGCCUGAAAAACAGAAAUAACUGGAUCCACUUUCUGACACAGGAUAUCUGUGAGAACGCUCUGCAAAUUAAAAAAGUGCUGCUGUCCUCUAGGGCAGGGGUAGACAAACUAAGGCCUGGGGGCCGGUUGCGGCCCAAUUGCCUUCUCAAUCCGGCCCAUGGACAGUCCGAGAAUCAGUGUGUUUUUACACGAGUAGAAUGUGUCCUUUUAUUUAAAAUGCAUCUCUGGGUUAUUUGUGGGGCAUAGGAAUUUGUUCAUUUCCCCCCCAAAAAUACCGUCCGGCCCACCACAUGGUCUGAGGGACGGUGGACCGGCCCACGGCUGAAAAAGAUUGCUGAAUAAUAAUAAUAAUAAUUUAUUUAUACCCCGCCCAUCUGGCUGGGUUUCCCCAGCCACUCUGGGCGGCUUCCAACAAAAUAUUAAAAUACAAUAAUGUCUCAAACAUUAAAAGCUUCCCUAAACAGGGCUGCCUUCCGAUGUCGUCUAAAAGUCUGGUAGUUGUUGUUCUCUUUGACAUCUGGUGGGAGGGCGUUCCACAGGGAGGGUGCCACUACCGAGAAGGCCCUCUGCCUGGUUCCCUGUAACUUGGCUUCUCGUAGUGAGGGAACUGCCAGAAGGCCCUUGGCGCUGGACCUCAGUGUCCGGGUAGAACGAUGGGGGUGGAGACGCUCCUUCAGAUAUACUGGACCAAGGCCGUUUAGGGCUUUAAAGGUCAGCACCAACACUGCUCUAGGGUGUAGGCUGGUUGUGGUCUAGUGGCCUGAAUAGACCAUUUUAGCCUAAUGAACCCUACCUUGUCAAGGUGAGAGCUGGUAGAUUAUUACGGCUCCGUGUAAAGUCUGAACCAUGGCUCAGGACAACCCUGGUUUUGAAUCUUGCAUCUCCAGUAAGCAGUCUUGGGCAAGUCACUCGCAUUCCCUCCCUCCCUCCGUGGGUUGGAUUCGAACCUUGGUCUCUCAGGUCUUAGUCCAGCACUAACCACUGUACCACACUGUCUCCUCUUUCUCCAGGCGGGGACACUUUCAGUUUCCUCUGUCUCCGUAUUGUCCCUGUAGCAUUCAGCGUGGAGAAGGAUGGGGACAAACUUGGAAUCAGGUGUCUCUGGCGCCUGUUAGUCUCCCCAGCUUCCACCCUACUGUUCCCAAUGGGCACCAGUGUAUGGUCUAUUUUGGGGAAGAAGAAGCAAGCUAGGGACAGGCGUAUUAUGUCAGGUUGGUUCCCUGAGCAAAUAAAAGUUGGAAGGGCCUAGCUCAACCUUGUGUGAAAUGAGCCUUGGCCACAUUGGUUGUCACAGCAACUUUGGAGUCCGGCUGGGAUGCAGAUGGAACAAAGAGGCAAGGCCCCCUGUUUCGCGGCGCAGAGGGUCCAAUUUCAAGCAGCAGCGAGCUCAAGAGCCGAACAAAAUCCAUGUUGUACUCCUGUGUGGGCCACAAAACUCAGCAGGACUUGUAGAGAAGCGGUGGACGUCUUGACGGAAAUACAGUGGUACCUCAGGUUACACUUCAGGUUACAGACUCCGCUAACCCAGAAAUACUGUAUUUUCUGGCGUAUAAGACUACUUUUUAACCCAGGAAAAUCUUCUCAAAAGUCGGGGGUCGUCUUAUACACCGGCUACAGCAGCAGCUCCUGCAGCAGCUCCCCACCAAAGGACAAAACGACAACAAAUUAAAUUAGAGGACACCAAGCUCUCUAGAUGAAGCAGAAAUACGCUUGAAAAUUGGCCCCAGAAGCCCCUGGCCACUGGGAAGUGGAGCGGAUUUCCGAGCCGGACUGGAGACUGGUUUUUUAAAUUUUUAUUUGGUGUGCAUUGGAAGAGGGCUAGUCUUAUACGGCGAGUAUAUCCCAAACUCUGUAUUUUAACUGGAAACGUUGGGGGUUGUCUUAUACGCCCAGUCGUCUUAUAUGCCGGAAAAUACUAGUACUUCGGGUUAAGAACUUUGCUUCAGGAUGAGAACAGAAAUUGUGCUCCGGCGGCGCGGCAGCAGCAGGAGGCCCCAUUAGCUAAAGUGGUACCUCGGGUUAAGAACAGUUUCAGGUUAAGAACGGACCUCCAGAACGAAUUAAGUUCUUAACCCGAGGUACCACUGUACAGAGAAUCUCCAGGGCAAGGCGGAGCCUUACGCUGUCAGCACCCCAGGAUAGGAGCCGAUCAGGAGUGAGCUCUUCCAGGGGUGUGGGGUAGGAGUCCGGACGGAUCCACACCUUCUUUCCAAGGGGCAAACUGCCACUAAAAGUGGACCGUCUAGACUUGCGAACCGUAAAUCCCAGGAAUCUGAAUGACUUCAGAAAGCAAUUAAGUGUUCCCUUUCCUGAAGAUGUUAGGCUCUAAACUAAUAGCUUCUGGCAACCCUGUCUGGCAGUGGGGUAGCAGCUGAAGAAGAGGAAGAAGCUUAUUCGAUGCCUUAGCGAUUAGGGGACGGGGCUUCCAGGGUAGAGGGUAUCGCUUCUAGGAUGGCUUCUGUCUUCGAUGGCUUUCCUACAGCUUUUCUUUUGCUUUUUAUUUUGCAUUCUUGAUUAUCUGUGCUCACGAAAGUGUCAGGGCGGUUCUGUGCAGAUCCCACUUUCAAAACUGCUCUUACAAACGUCUUGGGGCAGACAUACUGUCUCAGUUCCAUUCAGUGCAUGUCCUAUAACUUAUGUGGGACCACAUAACACCGGUCCUGAGAGAUCUGCAUUGGCUCCCAGUAUGUUUCCGAGCACAAUUCAAAGUGUUGGUGCUGACCUUUAAAGCCCUAAACAGCCUCGGUCCUGUAUAUCUGAAGGAGCAUCUCCACCCCCAUCAUUCAGCCCGGACACUGAGAUCCAGCGCCGAGGGCCUUCUGGCGGUUCCCUCAUUGUGAGAAGUGGAGUUACAGGCAACCAGACAGAGGGCCUUCUCGGUAGUGGCACCCGCCCUGUGGAACGCCCUCCCCUCAGAUGUGAAGGAAAUAAGCAGCUAUUUUAUCUUUAAAAAGGCAGCCCCAUGGCCCAAUAGCCUUCUAAAUCUGGUCCACAGACGGUCUUGGAAUCACCGUGUUUUUACAUGAGUAGAAUAUGUCCUUUUAUUUAAAAUGCAUCUCUGGGUUAUUUGUGGGGCAUAGGAAUUAGUUCAUUUCCCCCCAAAAAAAUAUAGUCCGGCCCCCUACAAGGUCUGAGGAAGAAGUUUGCUGACCCCUGCUCUAACCAACUGAGCUAUCCUAUAGCUUUUUAUACCAUAAAUGUUCCAGAGUCAUUUGUUACCCUAGUUUUGUGGCACUAUAGCGCAGGAAGCAUCACCAAGCCGCCAAUAAAAGCAACAUGGUGUGUUAACAGUCCAGUGUAAAUCCACCACUAAUACGCUGUCGUUGCAUCAAUUGCAUGUUGCAGAAAACACCGACAAAAAUGCCAGUCUGGUGGGGACCUUGAGGUGUUCUUAAUCUACAUGGAUUGUGUGGAUGCAGAUUCAAAGUUUGAUAUAGCAAACUCUGGCACUUUUGGAAACACAUAUUUGCAAGCAUUUACUUCUACCGUAAAAAGAGCCAGUUCACACAUUCUGAUAGAUAUGGCACUGCUCUAAAGAUGGAAAGGCAGUACAUGCAGUACUAUCGCUUUGAUCAGAAUAUUGCAGCUUCUUUAAAGGUAAAGGGACCCCUGACCAUUAGGUCCAGUCAUGACCGACUCUGGGGUUGCAGCGCUCAUCUCGCUUUAUUGGCCGAGGGAGCCGGCGUACAGCCUCCGGGUCAUGUGGCAGCAGGACUAAGCCGCUUCUGGCGAACCAGAGCAGUGCAUGGAAAUGCUGUCUACCUUCCCGCCGGAGCAGUACCUAUUUAUCUACUUGAACUUUGACGUGCUUUUGAACUGCUAGGUUGGCAGGAGCAGGGACCGAGCAACGGGAGCUCACCCCGUUGCGGGGAUUUGAACCGCCGACCUUCUGAUCGGCAAGUCCUAGGCUCUGUGGUUUAACCCACAGCGCCACCCGCAUCCCUUGCAGCUUCUUUAGCACACUGUAAAAGUAUUUCACUCCAUCUCCGUAUAUUCGCAGUUCGCCUUUUUAUGCAGCUAGUUACAAAAAUCCGAUUUACCUAGCUGCUCCCCAUAACGUUUCACUAUCCUUUAGUGUAGUUGUGAAUUUAAUCCAGUUGAGCUGCUCCUAGAUUUUCCUGAUUGUAUCCAAUUUAUUUGGUUUGUGGGCAUUAGCAAACUGUGGCUCUUUCUGUGGCGCACCAGGCCUAAGAGGGUCUGCUGGAGCGCAUCCAGAAACCGAGGAGCUGAGGCCCCUACGGUUCAUAGAGACUGUAGUCAGGCUCCCCUUUCCUAUUGCACUGUUUCGCUCCUGAACAGCUACCACUCCUCAUGCAAGCUGCAGGGGCUCCUCUUCUUCCCGCCCCCCCUUGCUACAAAUGUGCCUUCAUUUAUGAAGCUGUUCUGGCCCCGUGUUUCUUUCCCUCGCCUCUCCUGUGCUGCGGACAAUGAAGCUUUCACAGGGGCUGACGGCACACAGUUGCAUCUGUAGCAAAACUUCAUAAACACCCCGAGUGUAAAAAUACGAACCGCCUCCAGCUCCACCACAGAGGCCCGGGCCAAUGAGGCCGUGAGGCGGUUCCCGCCGGCACAUGGCGGCAGUGUGGCCUAGCAGGUGGGCGCCGCGCCACCGGAAAGAGACGCAGCCGAAUCCCUGGCAGAGCGGCCGCUUUUAAAACACGUUCCGUCUGUCGUUCCCCCCGCCGUUUCUCUUCCAACUGAGCUCCCUUGAGGCGCAGAGAAGGGGUGGACCUGGGCUGCUGUGUUUGCCUCGGCAAUUUUCGCUCUUUUCGCAGCCAGCUCCUGCGAGCCAAAUGGCCCCCUCUGUUCCAGCUGCUUCUGGACGGAGCAGAGAGCUUGGUGCCGGCAGCAGUUCUGGCCCUUGCCCAACUGGGGUCCGAUUCUGGCUCGGCAGGAGAGAAGGCUGGAUCCUUGCCAUUGCCCUUUGCUCGUUUCUGCAGCUCGUCUGCCUGUCUGCGCUGCCCCCCACUCUCAAAUGUCCUCCCCACCCCCAACUUCAGGAGGAGGGCAGCCACGCCACAUGAGGUAGCAAUUAGAGGACAUAUUGUAUGAGCAAAAAAGGGGGGGCUCCAGAUGUUUGCCAGGGCAAAAAAACCCCUGUCCCAAACCUCACAUCCUGCAUAUGGAGUGCCUCGCCAGAGUGGUGCAUACUCUAGUUAUCUCCCGCAUGGACUACUGCAGUGCGCUCUACGUGGGGCUACCUUUGAAGGUGACCCGGAAACUACAACUAAUCCAGAAUGUGGCAGCUAGACUGGUGACUGGGAGCGGCCGCCAAGACCAUAUCACACCGGUCCUGAAAGACCUACAUUGGCUCCCAGUACGUUUCCGAGCACAAUUCAAAGUGUUGGUGCUGACCUUUAAAGCCCUAAAUGGCCUCGGUCCAGUAUACCUGAAGGAGCGUCUCCACCCCCAUCAUUCUACCCGGACACUGAGGUUCCCUCCCUGCAAGAAGUGAAGUUACAGGGAACCAGGCAGAGGGCCUUCUCAGUGGUGGCACCCACCCUGUGGAAUGCCCUCCCAUCAGAUUUCAAGGAAAUAAACAACUAUCUGACUUUUAGAAGACAUCUGAAGGCAGCCCUGUUUAGGGAGGUUUUUAAUGUUUGAUGUUUUAUCGUGUUGUUAAUAUUCUGUUGUGAGCCGCCCAGAGUGGCUAGGGAUGCCCAGCCAGAUGGGCAGGGUAUAAAUAUUAUUAUUAUUAUUAUUAUUAUUAUUAUUAUUAUUAUUAUUUGGCACAGCUACUGGGGACCCCCCUUCUGCAGCUGCAAAAUGAACCCAGGAGACCGGGCUCUGUGCGAUUUCUUCCUUGUACCUGCCCCCCCCUUAACCUUGGUUCUGCCAUUGUAGAUCCGGACACAGAAUGGCUAUAGCUCCUUUAGGAAGCUGGCUGCUUCUGGUUCCGUGUAUGUUUGCAGUGGCGGUGAUGGAAAGGUGGUUCUGGGAAGGACUUUUUUUACGGUUCCGUUUGGCUCUCCGGCGUUGGAGAAAGGCUGCAUUCAUCCCGUUCGGCUGCUGACGUCCGUGGAGCAAAACGGUGAUCAAAGAGAUUAGGGCGAUGUCUCCUUCCAGCUCCUCGGUCCAAAGCAGAGAACCUGGACGAAUUGCAGCGGGGAGGGACUGAAAUAUCACGAGGUGAUGAGAUCUUCUAGACAUCUCUCCCUGCUUUUUAUGUUGGGAAAUGCAAGUUUCCCCUCAGGGACCAUCUACCUGGGACUUGCGAGAGGGACUAGUUCAAACCAGGCAGGAUUGGUCUCGGCAACGUACUUUGCAGGAUUUUCUGCGUGUGUCAGACGCAGGGCUCUCUUGGACUCCUGUGAAAUGAAACGAGAACAGACCCCCCAUCAUUUUUUAGCUAGGCCAAUAUUACUCUGGGUCCACUUUUGCAGUAAAAUGAGUUGGGAGAGUACCCUGCAAAAGAGAGGUACUGCUUUUGAAUGCUCCCCUUCAGGGGAAAAAAAUGUCCUCGCAAAAAGAAAAGUAGAGUGUCAAGGAAAAAGAUUCUAACCUCCUCUUUUGGCUGCUACUCUGGUUUAUCUAUUUCUUGGAAGUUUUUAACUUGAAGCCUGAAAUGCUGCAAUGCAUUCUAGCAAUUUAGCAUGUUGUUGGCAUCUAUCAGUUUGAUUCCCUCCCUCUCUUUCUUUUUUCCUUUCUCCUCCUGUGGUGAGGCUGCAUUUUAAUGUUUUAAUUGUUUUAACAUUGCAUUUUAAUCUUGUUUUUUAAGUAGUAUUUCAAUCAACUUGUUUUUAUUAUUGGUUGUUAGCCGCCCUGAGCCCAGUCUUGGCUGGGGAGGGCGGGGUAUAAAGAAAAUUAUUAUUAUUAUUAUUAUUAUUAUUAUUAUUAUCUGUCUCACCUCGGUUUUCUAAGCAUCUGGGUAUGCUUGUCCAGCAGGAAAAGAGUACAGUUGAAGGCGCCUGCUUGAUGUCAAUAGGCAGGGAGUUCCAAAGGUAGGCACUGCCCCAGCCACACUAAACCAUCAAAUGUGGAACGGGUAUUAGGUGGCACCUGUAGUAGUGCCAAUUCUGCCAAUUGAAGUGGUGUGUAAAUAUAGUGGUGGAUAUAUGAAAACCAUAUACAGUGGUACCUUGGUUCUCGAACGUAAUUCGUCCCGGAUGGCCGUUCGACUUCUGAAACGUUCAAAAACCGAGGCGCAAAGGGUUCAAUUGAGAAAACUGAAAAACACACAGCGGAAGCCAUUCGACUUCUGAGGCGCAUUUGAAAACGGAAGCAUUUACUUUCAGGUUUUUGGCAUUCAAAAACUGAAAUGUUCGGCUUCUGAGACGCUCAAAAACCAAGGUACCACUGUAGAUAGAUUUAAUUCUAUCCAUGCUGAUUUUGUUGUUGUUAGUGAUCGUUUAUGCUUUUAGCUGUUCUUAUUUUAUCUGUAAGCCGCCUGGAGUCCCUGUCAGAGGAAAAGGUGGGGUAUAAAAAUUAAUAUUAAUCAUAAUAGCAUUUAUCAAGAAUUAAAAAUGUUCCUCACUCACAGAGUGUAGGUUUAGAAAAGUGCACAAAGGUGUAUUCAGAGUGAAACUCUUCCAUUCCCCGAGGGCUCCCCUUCCUCUGCAGGAAUUGCCACUCAUUGCCCGCUUCCCUGAUAAAAAUCACUAUUCCCAGGAGAUUUAACUGAACUCCCCAUCUUUAAAUUUCUACUCACUGGAGCCUGGUGCAGCCCCCCUCUGUGAGUUAAACACCCUCCUUUUUUAAAUGAGAUCCUCCUAAUCGAAUUAGCCACAGUAGAAGUUGGGGGAAGCCAGGAUGGUUCAAUAAAAAUCUGGCAAGCUUGGGAAGGAGCCCAUCUCUGUGAGCUUACCAGCUUCUUGGCGACGAAUUAAGUUGGCAGGCAAGUUGAACAGCACAAGGCAGUCAAGAAAGUCACCUUGCCACUCUUUUUGAUCUUACAAACCCCAACUUUUAACAGGAAGGGGUGGGAGCAGGUGGGGGGUGAACUUUAGAAGACAUUGACACCUUAAAUUGUAUGUCACAUGUCGAAAUUAAAAUGAGAGUUUUAAAGUUUGCUUACAUUACAAAAACUCAGUUUGGCUUUUUUGUUUGUUUAGUUUUUAUUUAUACUUUUCAAGUCUAAACAUUUCAUUGAUUUUACGAUCAAUUUAACAUUUCAGAAUUUGACUUCCCUCCCCCUCUUUCUGUGGUUCCUUUAAUUUAUUUUUUUAUAUACCUUCUGCAUAUCCAAAUUCAUUUCACUUGCUCAUUUAAUUAUCUACUGCAAAUAUAUACUCUCGUGAAACUGCAGGUUAGUACAAUAAUCCUGCCAAUGUUUUCAUCUGUUUACAAUUUCUCUGUAAAUAUUCAACAAAUCGUUUCCAUUCUUUUAUAAAAAGUUGGUUAUCUUGAUUUCUUACUAUUCCAGUACAUUUCACCAUUUCUGCAUAUUCCAUAAGUUUUUGUAUCCAUUCUUCCUCUGCUGGGACUUCUUCUUUCCAUUUUUGGGCAAUUAACAUUCUUGCUGCUGUAGUAGCAUACAUAAAUAAAUUUCUAUACAAUUUUUUUUGUCAAUACAAUAUUUUAUUGGUUUUUUUUCCAUAUUGCAUCACAAUAUAAAUAAACCAAAGCCAUCACCACAUCCUCCCCAUCCCCCAUAUAUCUGUCAAUCAAACCUAAUAUUCUCCCCCCCGCUUCCCUCCGCCCCCACUCAAUUUCCUCCACAUUCCGAGAUUACAUUUAUCUUUGCAUUUUACAACCUUGCCAAAUCUUCUAUAUAUUCUUAUUAUCUUUCCUUACUAAUUUACCUUCCCUCAGAUACUUUACAUUUUAAUCUAGGCAUAUUAGGAUUUCUUUUUUUGAGCAAUAUUUUACCAUAUAUUCAUCAAAACAUUCCCACUCCUUUUUAAAUUUUUGAUUCGAUUGGUUUCUUAUAAUAGCCGUUAGUUUUGCCAGAGUUAAGUAUUCAUUUAGUUUACAGAUCCAUUCCCCCCUUAUGGGUAGAGUUUGUGACUUCCACUUAGCAGCAAUCACUACUGUACUUGCUUAUAAGAUCCCCCCCCCCCCGUGGUAUCUCUUCCCCUAUCAAUCCAUUAUUAUUGAUAUUUUCAACAUCUUCUUUAAUUCUUCAUGUAUUACUGUCCAAAAUUUCUUAAUUUCCUCCUUCUUAAUUUCUGUACAAUUUAGGUAGUUCUGUCCCUAUAAUUCCCAAAAGAAAAGCUUCUGGGUUGUUGUUUUUUAAUAAAAGUUAUUCUGAACAUCCUUUUCGAUUCAUCGUAUAUCAUUUCCCAUUUCGUUUGCGUGACGUUGGCUGCCUCGGACGUUGGCCGUGCAGCUCUUAACGCUUCUGCCUUCUCCUUUCUCAGACGCGGAAGCUGUCCAAGAUGGAGCGUCAGCGCUUCAGCGAGGAGGUGGAGAUGCUGAAGGGGCUCCAGCACCCGAAUAUCGUCCGGUUCUACGACUCGUGGAAGUCUUCGGUGAAGGGGCAGGUCUGCAUCGUCCUGGUCACGGAACUCAUGACCUCAGGCACCCUCAAAACGUGAGCAUGAAACUGGCUGGGUGGUGACUGUGGGAAGGCGUCAGUGGGGAGAGGACCAUGGGGCCUCCGGGGCUUUUGGUCCCGAGAUAGUGGGGACGCCCACCAUUUCAUUUCACGGGGCCUAGGACCCUCGUACCUGCGGGAACGCCUCUCCUGGUAUGCCCCGUGGAGGAUCUUUGUUGUUGUUGUUUAGUCAUUUAGUCGUGUCCGACUCUUCGUGACCCCGUGGACCAGAGCACGCCAGGCACUCCUGUCUUCCACUGCCUCCUGCAGUUUGGUCAAACUCAUGCUGGUAGCUUCGAGAACACUGUCCAACCAUCUCGUCCUCUGUCGUCCCCUUCUCCUUGUGCCCUCCAUCUUUCCCAACAUCAGGGUCUUUUCCAGGGAGUCUUCUCUCUCAUGAGGUGGCCAAAGUACUGGAGCCUCAGCUUCAGGAUCUGUCCUUCCAGUGAGCACUCAGGGCUGAUUUCCUUAAGAAUGGAUAGGUUUGAUCUUCUUGCAGUCCAUGGGACUCUCAAGAGUCUCCUCCAGCACCAUAAUUCAAAAGCAUCAAUUCUUUGGCAAUCAGGCUUCUAUAUGGUCCAGCUCUCACUUCGUGGAGGACCUUAAGGUCCAUAAAUAGCAGUACAGUGGACGCUCGGGUUGCGAACGUGAUCCGUGUGAGAUGCACGUUCGGAACCCGCGUCUACACAUGCGCGGGUUGCGAUUCGGUCCUUCUAUGCAUGUGCAAAACGCGAUUUAGUGCUUCUGCUCAUGUGCGACCGCCGAAACCCGGAAGUAAUCCGUUCUGGUACUUCUGGGUUUUGGCGGUCCACAACCCGAAAAAACACAACCUGAAGCAUCUGUAACCCGAGGUAUGACUGUACUCUAGUGGUCCCGGGCCCUAAGGAAGUCAGAUUAGCCUCAACCAGGGCCAGGGCCUUUUUAACACUGGCUCCGGCCUGGUGGAAUGCUCUGUCUCAUGAGACCAGGGCCCUGUAGGAUCUGAUUUCUUUCCGCAGGGCCUGUAAGACAGAGUUGUUCUGCCUGGCCUUUGGCUUGGAGUCAGCCCAAUCCCCUCCCCCUCUUUCCUUUUCCUUCUGUGAUGGAACCCCUAUUUGGGGACUUCCCUGACUUUUUUCUGGCCCACAUAGGACCAGUCUGGAUAGUUGGCCUUGGUGAAGAUUUGACAUCCCCCCACCCUGCCCAAAAAACAACAACAGUUUUUUAUCUGGGCUUCCACUGAAAUGAAGCUGCUUUUUAAGUUGUAUUUUAAUCCUUUUUUUAAGUUGUAUUUUAAUCAGUUUUUUUUAUACUUGAUGUUAGCCACUUUUUAUAAAAGAAUGGAGAUGGUUUAUUGAAUAUUUACAGAUAAAUUGCAAACAGAUAAAAGCAUUAGCAGGAUUUUUGUAAUAACCUGCAGUUUCACAAGAGUAUAUAUUUAAAGUACAUAAACAAGUGAUCAAAUUAAAUGAAUUUGGAUAUGUGUGUGUGUGUGUGUGUGUGUGUGUGUGUAUAUAUAUGUGUGUGUGUGUGUGUGUGUGUGUAUAUAUGUGUGUGUGUAUGUAUGUAUGUGUGUGUGUGUAUAUAUAUAUAUAUAUAUAUAUAUAUAUUUUCAGGAACUGCAGAAAGAGGGGGAAGGAAGUCAAGUUUUGAAAUGUUAAAAUUAUGGAAAUGCAUAAACCUGAAAAGGAUAAAUAAAAUUAAAUUUAAAAAGAGAUUGCAAGGUUUUGCUCAGAAGGUCCAGUCUUACACCGUUCCUAAAGGGUGGAGCCCACAGCUGAUUCUUUAGGCGAGGUGGUUCCGAGUCUAAUGGGGCUUCCUUUUUGUAGGUAUCUGAAGCGCUUCAAGGAGAUGAAGCUAAAAGUCCUCCAACGCUGGAGCAGACAGAUCCUACGAGGUCUCCAUUUCCUCCACACGCGGUCGCCUCCGAUCAUCCACCGCGACCUGAAGUGCGACAACGUCUUCAUCACGGGCCCCACGGGCUCCGUCAAAAUCGGGGACCUUGGUCUGGCCACACUCAAGCGAGCGUCAUUUGCCAAGAGUGUCAUAGGUACCUGAAUGUUUCUGUCUCUGGGGGCCAGGUUUGGAUAAUGGGAAUUAGAGCAGGCAUGUAUCCGGUAAAGAGAUCAAAGACUGAAUGGGGGGAAAGUUGGAUGAACCAGCCAAAGACCAUAAAGGUAAAGAGACCCCUGACCAUUAGGUCCAGUCGUGACCAACUCUGGGGUUGCGACGCUCAUCUCGCUUUAUUGGCCGAGGGAGCCGGCGUACAGCUUCUGGGUCAUGUGGCCAGCAUGAUUAAGCCGCUUCUGGCGAACCAGAGCAGCACACGGAAACGCCGUUUACCUUCCCGCUGGAGUGGUACCUAUUUAUCUACUUGCACUUGACGUGCUUUCAAACUGCUAGGUCGGCAGGAGCAGGGACCGAGCAACGGGAGCUCCCCCCGUCACGGGGAUUCGAAUCACCGACCUUCUGAUCGGCAAGCCCUAGGCUCUGUGGUUUAACCCACAGCACCACCCGCGUCCUGCUAAAGACCAUAGAAUCAUAUAAUUGUAUAGUUGGAAGGGACCAUUCUGCAAUGCCAGGAAUCUCAGCUAAAGCAUCUAUGACAGAUGGCCAUCUAACUUCUGCUUUAAAACCUCCCAGGAGAUUCCCCAACCUCACGAGGGAGACUAUUCCACUAACAAACAGCUCUUACUGUCUGAAAUUUUUUUCCUGGUGUUAAGUCGGAAUUUCUUUUCUUGGAGCUUGAAGCCCUUGGUUCGAGUGCUCCCUUCCAGAGCAAGAGAAAACAAGCUUGCUCCAUCUUCCAUGUGGCAGCCAUUGAGAUACUUGACAAUGGCUGUCAAAUAUCCUCUCAGUCUCCUUUUCCAGGCUAAACAUACCCUGCUCCUUCAAUUGUUCCUCAUAAAGCUUGGCUUCCACACCCUUGAUCUUCUUGGUUGCCCUCCUCUGCACACGUUCCAGCUUGUCAACAACCUUCUGAAAUUGUGGUGCCCCGAAUUGGAUGCAGUGUUCCAGGUGUGGUCUGACCAAGGCAGAAUAGAGUGGAACUAUUACUUGCCUUGAAAUGAACACUAUACAGUGGUACCUUGGCGUCAGGGAACUGACAUCAGAGCAAGAGGUGAAGGGGAGGCUCCUAGAUGAUGCUGGCGAAGGACCCAGCAGCAGGGGGAGAAACAGCUCAGUAGAGGGGGAAGCAAAUCAGCGCAACACCAGGGAUAAGGGAGGGCAGAUGGGGGAAUCGGAGAGAGGGCUCCAGGACUCUUCACUGGACCUCAGUGAGGAGGGGACAGGUCCUCCGCUACCCACGCCCUCCCUGCGCAGAAGACUCCGCGCAGUGAGAGGAGGAGGAGACUGGGUGUCAAACAACUUUUAUGUUGGAAGAGGUUCAAGAAACGCCCACUGACGGAUUCUGCCAGCGACUGAGGCAGCCACGAUGAGAAAGGGCUGUGCAGUCAGAAAGGUUUAACAAGGCAAAUUAGCCUAGAGAGGCACCAGUUUACGCACGAGUAACUCAUACUCAUUACACUUGGGUUACAUACACUUCAGGUUACAUACGCUUCAGGUUACAGACUCCGCUAACCCAGAAAUAGUACCUCGGGUUAAGAACUUUGCUUCAGGAUGAGAACAGAAAUCGUGCAGCGGGGGGGGGGGGGCAUUAGCUAAAGUGGUACCCCAGGUUAAGAACAGUUUCAGGUUAAGAACAGACCUCCAGAACGAAUUAAGUUCUUAACCCGAGGUACCACUGUACUUCCAUUGAUUCAGCCUAGAAUAGCAUUAGCUUUUUUUGCUGCUGCGUCACUCUGUUGACUCAUGUUAAACUUGUGGUCCACCAAGACCAGUUAAAGUUAAAAACUCCGUAAGAGGCUCGGGAUUGUUGUGACGCUUGCCAAGGAUAGGAGUUGCACAGGUGAGGAGCAGACACCAAGGAUACCUGCUCUGCCUGCUUUCACCAGGUGCACAGAUGGCACGAUGAGAAGUGUGUUCUGCUUGAAUUGAGAAAUAGUUGUGGAAGAGAUGUGCCGUAGCUCAAGGUUAAAAAGGUAAAGGUACCCCUGACUGUUCGGUCCAGUCACGGACAACUCUGGGGUUGUGCGCUCAUCUCGCUCUAUAGGCCAAGGGAGCCGGUGUUUGUCCGCAGACAGUUUUUCCGGGUCAUGUGGCCAGCAUGACUAAGCCGCUUCUGGCGAACCAGAACAGCACAUGGAAACGCUGUUUACCUUCCCGCUGGAGUGGUACCUACUUAUCUAUUUGCACUCUGACGUGCUUUCGAACUGCUAGGUGGACAGGAGCAGGGACCGAGCAACGGGAGCUCACCCCGUCGUGGGGAUUCGAACUGCCGACCUUCCGAUCGGCAAGUCCUAGGCUCUGUGGUUUAGACCGCAGUGCCACCUGUGUCAAGCUCAAGGUUAUUAGAUCCUUAUUAGUCAGAACUGGAGAUCUUCAGCGGAAGCUGGAUGCGUAAUGGGAUGGCACCUAUUUCACAUUAAAGGGUUAUCCUAAAAUCAUAGAAUCCUGGAAUUGUAAAGCUACAAGGGGACCCCAAGGGCCAUCUAGUCCAACCCCCUGCAAUGCAGGUAUAUUCCAGCCAAUGUGGGUCUCGAACCCACAACCCUGAGAUUGAGAGUCUCACGCUCUACUGGCUGAGCUAGUGGCUGAAGGUGGCUGAGCCUCAGAUAAAACCCCUUCCUUCCUCUUCUCCCAGGAACCCCAGAAUUCAUGGCUCCAGAGAUGUACGAGGAGAAAUACGACGAAGCCGUGGAUGUCUAUGCCUUUGGCAUGUGCAUGCUGGAGAUGGCCACCUCAGAAUACCCCUACUCGGAAUGCCAGAAUGCGGCUCAGAUCUAUCGCAAGGUCACUUCGGUGAGAGCAUAGCCUCUUGUUUUCUCAGGAAGUUAGGGCUGACCUCUCUCCCUUAUGGGCUACACCCCUUGCUAGGUCCCCAGGCGUCUCCUCCUCCUCCUCCCAGGGAGAAAAGUAGAAGAGUUUGGAUUUGAUAUCCCUCUUUAUCACUACCUGAAGGAGUCUCAAAGCGGCUAACAUUUUCCUUUCCCUUCCUCCCCCACAACAAACACCCUGUGAGGUGAGUGGGGCUGAGAGACUUCAGAGAAGUGUGACUAGCCCAAGGUCACCCAGCAGCUGCAUGUGGAAGAGCGGGGAAGCGAACCCGGUUCACCAGAUUACGAGUCCACCACUCUUAACCACUACACCACACUGGCUCUCACUCUCCUGCCCCCCCAAAUAUUUCACUAUUAAUAAACUUCUUCUUAACUGUAUUUCAGUUCAACAAUUACUUUGAUAAAAUACACAUUUUGUUAUGUGCAAAUGGCUUGAGAUACCUAUUAGGUCCAUAAAUCACCAUGUAGCAUAUAUUCCACUCAAAAAACAGCAACAGUUUGUUGUUGACAAAGGACAGCUGGACAUAUAAAGGGCCCCAUUACCUUCAGUAGCUUAGGGCCUCAUCAAACCUAAAUCCGGCCCUGACUGCCUCGCAGGGUUCUUCUACCACUCUUAACCACUACACCACACUGGAGAGAGAGAGCCAAGGAAUCUGGAAAGUGUUUGAUGCAACUUCGGGAUUUAAGGAGGGAAGGUUGGGAAUGGGUGGGCUUUUAUGGCCAGGGAAAAGUGAUCAUUACGGAAGGCGGAUCUCGUUUAUGUUCUUAGCACAGAAUCCUACCCACGUACAACAGCUGGGACAGAGCAGCCCAGGUUUGACUUCUGAUCAAAUGUUUUCUCCACGUUUGCAAACUUUUCUGCAACUCCAGAAAACUGGGUCCUCCACCAACCCCUGUUCUGCUUUUUUCCCCAUUUCCUGGUAUGUCCCACGGAGGACCUUACGGUCUUCAAACAAAAACAUCUUGGAGGUCCCGGGCCACAGGGAGGUUAGGCUGGCUUCAACCAGAGCCAGGGCUUUUUCGGCUGUGGCCCCGAUCUGGUGGAACACUCUGUCACAAGAGACUAGGGCCCUGCGGGACUUGACAUCUUUCCACAGGGCCUGCAAGACAGAGCUGUUCCACCAGGCCUUUGGCCAAGGCAGAGUCUGACCCCCUCCUUUGGCAAUCCUCACAGAACUCUAGCCCAAUGGUUGCCAUUAAUUUGAUUCUGAAUUAAUUUUAGAAUGAAUUGAUUUUAGAAUGCUGUGUUACCUUUAUUGUUGUUAGCGCCCACUCUGCACAGUAGGUUUCAGCGCAGGGAGGGGAGGAGAAGGUUGGGGGUCAAGCGACUGUUAUGCUGCGGGAGGUACAAGGACCGACCACCCCCAGAUUCUUCUAGCGACUCAGCCAGACAUGAACUUGCGACGCUCUUCACUGUAAAUAGUUUGCACUAAGAAUAAAGCCUGGAAAAGGAGUCUUGCCUGUUUGCUCUCGAGCAAUCACACCACCAUCUGCCGGGGGGGGGCUGGUAAAAUUGUGGGGGGGACUGAUGUCCCACCUCCUAGUUUUCUGGUUUCUUCCCCUCCCAGGUUUUCAUAUCCCUAACUUGCAAGCAAAAUCUUUCUCCCAGGGGACAAGGGGCUUGGAAGCCUCAUGAUGCCCUGACUUCUGUCCACCCACUAACCUCCCCCAAAACCUCUGGACUCCCUGGCCCCGUCUGAACUGCCCUCCGUCCCUUUUAUCACAGGGCAUCAAGCCCAGCAGUUUUUACAACGUGAAGGUGCCUGAACUGAAGGAGAUCAUCGAGGGCUGCAUCCGGAUGAACAAAUAUGAAAGGUAGGGGAGAUCUCCGCCGCUGGCCUGCUACCCUUGGUGGGUAAAUGGAAAUAGGGUCAGGGAAACCUGUUGCUUUCUGGGUUUGGUUGGGCUGCCUAUCACCCCUGCCCAAUGGUCAGGCCGGCCGAGGCUGAUGGGAGUUGGAACCCAGCAACUAUUCCCCGCCCCGAUACAGGUUACAACCCAAAUAAUGUUUUUACUUUAAAGAAGUAAUAAUAAUAAUAAUAAUAAUAAUAAUAAUAAUAUAUUAUUUAUACCCCAUCCAUCUGGCUGGGUUUCCCCAGCCACUCUGGGCAGCUUCCAGCAGAACACUAAAAUACAAUAACCUAUUAAACAUUAAAAGCUUCCCUAAACAGGGCUGCCUUCAGAUGUCUUCUAAAAGUUUGGUAGUUGUUUUUCUCUUUGACAUCUGGUGGGAGGGCGUUCCACAGGGCGGGUGCCACUACCGUGAAGGCCAUCUGCCUGGUUCCCUGCAACUUGGCUUCUCGCAGCGAGGGAACCACCAGAAGGCCCUCAGCGCUGGACCUCAGUGUCCGGGCAGAAGGAUGGGGGUGGAGACGCUCCUUCAGGUUCACUGGGCCGAGGCCGUUGAGGGCUUUAAAGGUCAGCACCAACACUUUGAAUUGUGCUCAGAAACGUGCUGUACAGGGCUCUUCGUUUGCGAAAACUCCAGGACGCUUGGGCAAAGAACAAUGGUCUGGGUUGUUGUGGGGUAGAAACUUGGAGACACAUGUGGAAAUGCAGAACACGUUGGAAGCCUCAUCCCCAAUCUGCAGAAAAGGGUGUGACACAUACUUAAACAUGUCACCUGUUAUUUUAAACUGCACGUAAGAAUGGCAGAAGUCUCUUGCUGGAUUGGACGAGUCUGUGGGUCAUGUAAGCAGUGCUCUUUUUCCGAGGGGAAAAUAAAGCUGCCUGUACCACUCAGCCGCAAGUGGGCCAAGGGUGGGUACUCUGCACGUGCUCAGAGGCACGUUGCUCUUGCCCAUCAUUUCUUAGGCGCCGACGGACAGGCCAACCGUAAGUGACCUGCAGGUUUGGGGAGCGACUUUGGAAAGAAUGCUGAUUACAGGAGGGCUGGAGGCUCUUCAUACGUACGAGGGCCUGCCGUUUUUGUUCUCAUCCAGCCUUUGGUUGGACUCUGCUCACAGAGCAGCGUUUUCUGCUGCCCGCCUGCCCCUUCUGUGAGCGACAUUCGCCGCUAUGCUCUCCAGCGGGGAAAGGGGAGCCAUGUGUACUUCCUCCUUGUUAGACAGCAACGUGAAGCACAUCCGGAAAAGCAGAGCGCCGAUCGGCUCCUCCGGAGCGUGCUUGCUCUGCCCUCAGCGGCAGUGAUUUAUUUUUUAAAUACAGUGGUACCUUGGUACUUGAACAGCUCGGCUCCCGAACAAAUCGACUCUUGAACACCGCAAACCCAGAAGUGUUCCAGUUUGCGAAGGUUUUCGGAAGCCGAAAGUCCAACGCGACUUCUGCUUGAGUGCCAGAGGCUCCUGCAGCCAAUCGGAAGCCGUGCCUUUGUUUUCCAACGGUUUCGAGAGUCGAACGGACUCCCGGAACAGAUUAAGUUCCGCAACCAAGGUCCCACUGUACCGCAGUAUCACUGGAAAUUCCAUAUAUCAAAUGCUAAUGAGAACUUCAACAUGCUGCUCAAGUCUUCAGGAGACUUUAGGAUUUUUUAAAGAACAAACACAUAAAAUGGGAACUGUGCUCAUGGACUAAUCUUGAGGUCCAGCUCCGAGGGCCUUCUGGCGGUUCCCUCCCUGUGAGAAGUGAGGUUACAGGAACCAGGCAGAGGGCCUUCUCGGUGGUGGCACUCGCCCUGUGGAACGCCCUCCCAUCAGAUGUCAAGGAAAUAAACAACUAUCUGACUUUUAGAAGACAUCUGAAGGCAGCCCUGUUUAGGGAAGCUUUUAAUGUUUGAUGUUGUAUUGUGUUUUUAAUAUUCUUUUGGGAGCUGACCAGAGUGGCUGGAGAAACCCAGCCAGAUGGGCAGGGUUUAAAUAUAAAUAAAUUAUUAUGGGCCACCCAACCCUUCAGCCUCUGCCUCUGCGCUAUCUAAGCGUUCCCUUCGCCACCAUCCUAAUUCUGCGCCCUGCUUUAAAUCCGCCUCGCCUCCCUCCCUCUCUUGCAGAUACACCAUCAAAUAUCUCCUGGACCACUCCUUCUUCCAAGAGGACACGGGAGUCCACGUGGAGCUGGCUGAAGAGGACGAUGGCGUGAAGUCCAACCUGAAGCUGUGGCUGAGGAUGGAUGACACAAAGAAGCUACACGGGAAGUAUAAGGACAACAACGCCCUGGAAUUCCGAUUUGAGCUCUACAAGGAUGUGGCUGAGGAAGUGGCACAGGAGAUGGUACGAGUCGCUGUUCUUCUCAGGGGUUGGGGAGGCUGGUCUGGGGAGUCCAGGAGUUAGAAGGGGCUCAUGGGCAGGGAAGACGGGAGAGGACCGGAAGCAUUGGGUGGGUUGCAAAAAGGAGAGGUGCCCUGGCUUCGGCCUACCUAGAAGUCACUGGGAACCGGCUCCUCAGUUACAUUUUCUUCAGGAUUCUACAGAGUUUGCCUCUCAGGCAAUAGCUGCAUAGUUACCUUGUACAGUGGUACCUCGGGUUACAUACACUUCAGGUUAUAUACACUUCAGGUUACAGACUCCGCUAACCCAGAAAUAGUACCUCGGGUUAAGAACUUUGCUUCAGGAUGAGAACAGAAAUCGUGUUCCGGCAGCAGUGGGAGACCCCAUUAGCUAAAGUGGUGCUUCAGGUUAAGAACAGUUUCAGGUUAAGAACGGACCUCUGGAACGAAUUAAGUACUUAACCUGAGGUACCACUGUAUAAGCGCACAACAUCAUUAUGGAAUCUUUCAUUAGAGGAAAGUGAGUUCAUGGCCCAUACGCCAUGGAGGUACAGUGGUACCUCAGUUUUCGAACGUAAUCCAUUCUGGAAGGCCGUUUGACUUCUGAAACGUUCGAAAACAGAAGCAUGCAUUUCUGGAAGCAUUUACGUCCGGAAAACUCAAAACGGAACCUGCUUGGCACGUUCGGCUUCCGAAAAGCGUUCGAAAACCAAAGCAGUUACUUCUGGGCUUUUGAUGUUCGAAAGCCGAAACGUUCUACUUCCGAGACGUUUGAAAACCGAGGUACCACUGUAAGUGUAUUCCUGGGGCUCGAGGUAGAUUAGGACAAUGAAAUAUUAAUACAGUGGUACCUCGGGUUAAGAACUUAAUUCGUUCCAGAGGUCUGUUCUUAACCUGAAGCACCACUUUAGCUAAUGGGGCCUGCUGCUGCUGCCGUGCCGCCGCUGUUUCUGUUCUCAUCCUGAAGCAAAGUUCUUAACCCGUUGUACUAUUUCUGGGUAAGUGGAGUUUGUAACCUGAAGCGUCGGUAACCCUAGGUACCACUGUAUAGCAUUACAGUGGUACCUCGGGUUACGUACGCUUCAGGUUACAUACGCUUCAGCUUACAGACUCCACUAACCCAGAAAGAGUACCUUGGGUACCUCGGGUUAAGAACUGUGCUUCAGGAUGAAAACAGAACUUGUGCUCCGGCGGCGCGGCAGCAGCGGGAAGCCCCAUUAAGCUAAAGUGGUGCUUCAGGUUAAGAACAGUUUCAGGUUAAGAACGGACCUCCGGAACGAAUUAAGUACCUAACCUGAGGUACCACUGUACUACUAAUAAUUUAAUAUGGCUUUUCUUUAGGGAGUGGGAAGCACAGUUGUCUCACAGCUAGGGCAUUAGAAAAUGGCAUCAAAUGAGCUCCUAGAUACAUUGCAUAAGUUCCUUUUGCAAGGGCUGUGGUCACUCUCACACCGUAACUUUAAAGCAUAUUCAUACCACUUUGAACAGUCAUGGCUUCCCCCACAAAGAAUCCUGGGCACUGUCGUACAUUGGGGAUGCUGAGAUUUGUUCAAAGCAACAAUCCCUAGCCCCCUUCGCACAAAUGACAGUUCCCAGAAUUCUUUGGGGGAAAGUGCGUUUGUGCCAGAAUUCGAACUCUUGUUUCCUCCAGCUCCUUCACUUCUGUCCCUGCCUGCUCCUACUCCCCGCUCCCGCAGGUGGUCUUGGGCUUUGUGUGCGAGGCCGACUACAAGCUGGUGGCCAAAGCGGUGCGCGAGCGAGUCCUGGCCAUCAAGCGCCAGCGCGAGAAGGCCAAGCGAGCCCAGGAGGAGCAGAGGCGGCACGAACAGGCUCCGGACAUCCUUCAUCUGCUGGACCUAGACUCUCCGCCCCCUCUCAGCCCUGCCCAGCCCUCGGCACCCACCACGCCCGGAUCCGGGGAUUCUGCACUCGGCCCAACUUUCCCCCCUGAGCCGGAAGAACCAGAGGUCGACCAGCACCAGACUUUCCGAUAUCAGCAUGGCUAUUCCUCAGCCACAUGUAAGCUCCCUCGCUCCAUCACCCAAGGGACUCUGUAGGCGACUAUUACAUACGAGAGCAUACACGGCGGGUGGUGCUGUGGUCUAAACCACUGAGCCUCUUGGGCUUGCUGAUCGGAAGGUCGGCCGUUCGAAUCCCUGCGAUGGAGUAAUAAUAAUAAUAAUUUAUUAUUUAUACCCCGCCCAUCUGGCUGGGUUUCCCCAGCCACUCUGGGCGGCUUCCAACACAACAGUAAAAUACAGUAAUGCCUCAAACAUUAAAAGCUUCCCUAAACAGAUGUCUUCUAAAAGUCUGGUAGUUGUUGUUCUCUUUGACAUCUGGUGGGGGGGCGUUUAGAGGAAGGCAUUUAGAGGAGUGAGCGCCCAUUGCUCUGUCCCAGCUCCUGCCAACCUAGCAGUUCGAAAGCAUGCCAGUGCAAGUAGAUAAAUAGGUACCACUCUGGCUGGAAGGUAAACAGCGUUUUCGUGCGCUCUGGUUUCUGUCACGGUGUCCCAUUGCGCCAGAAGCGGUUUAGUCCUGCUGGCCACAUGACCCGGAAAGCUGUCUGUGGACAAACGGCGGCUCUCUCGGCCUGAAAGCGAGAUGAGCGCCGCAACCCCAUAGUCGCCUUUGACUGGACUUAACCGUCCAGGGUCCUUUGCCUUUGUCCUUUACGAGAGAGUACCAGCAUGGUGUAAGUGGUUAGAACAGCAAAAUUAAUUCGGUGUCACCUCAGCUUGCCGUUUCUGAAAGCUAACCCCUCAACAUUGAUAUGAGGAAAUGUGGAGGGCAGAUAUUACAUUUACCACUUGUUAUGCCGUUAAGGAAAAUUGUUUGAAAAUGCUACACAGAUGGUAUUUGACACCCUGCCAGUUGGGCUAAGAUGUGUAGAACAGUCUCAAAUAAGUGUUGGAAUCCUAUGCAGAUGGAAGGUUCCUUUUUCCCUACCUGAUGGACAUGCAAAAAAAUAUAUAAUGAACUAAAAAAAAAAAAGAUGUUCAGAAUAGAUUUAACCGCAAAGCCAGAAGCAUUUCUUCUGGGAAUAUGUGAAACAGAGAUCCCAAAAAAAGUUGGUAAAAUUGUUUUUGUAUGCCACCACGGCAGCCAGAGUACUCUACGCACAAAAAUGGAAAACACCAGAAAUCCCAACAAAGGAGGAAUGGGUACUCAAGCUACUGGGGUGCUCAGAAGUGGCAGAACUCACAGCUAAAAUAAGAAAUCAGAAAGACAAAAUAUUUGUGGAAGAAUGGAGACCCUUUUCAGUCUAUAUAAGAACGCAAUAUGGCCAAAUAAAAUUUCAAACAGGUUUGGACUAACGAGCAAUGGCAAGACAAUAGAAAAGAUUGUAAUACGUGAUUUAGGUAAAUAGAUAAGCUUUAAGAGGCUCGACAGGCAGCGGGGAAGAGAGAGAAUUAGACUAUCACAGAUGUAAGGAUGGAAAGUCGCUGGGACAAAUAAAUAGAUUUGGAUGUCAAUUGUGUGUUACAUGAUCUGAAUGUAAAUCAAUGUAAAAUAAUAAACAUAUAUGGGACAAAGUUCCCAGUGAACUUGUAGGGCUCCCGAGUUAGAAGCCAGGCCCGGUCUUUCGUUUCGCAGUCACCCUUUUUCUUUCUCAUUUCCAACCCCCAGCUGAUUGUGAGACGGACGGAUACCUGAGCUCCUCUGGAUUUGUGGAUUUGUCGGACUUGCCACAGAGCUGCUCCAGCCCCCCAGUCGCCCCUGAGCAUUCCUUCGCUUCGGUGAGUGGCAGUGCUGACCCUUGGCAUGGGCAGCCGUGGUGCCCCUGUGCGCUAUGAACUAGGGAGGUGUUGAAUUGUCACGGCAACCUGCCUUCAACGGUGGUUUUUAUAUCCCCAGACCAUUGCUGUGAGCGUGAAUUCCAUCAGCGACUUCCCUUCCCCUGGGGACAGGUAAGGACAUGUCGGAUUGCUAUGGGGAGAUAAUUUGCUACAGGGUUUAGGUUGCUGGGAACAUGAGGAGAUACAGUGGUACCUCUGGUUAUGAACUUAAUAAUAAUAAUAAGAAUAAUAAUUUAAUAUUUAUACCCCACCCAUCUGGCUGAGUUUCCCCAGCCACUCUGGGCGGCUUCCAAUCAAGUGUUAAAAACAAUACAGCAUUAAAUAUUAAAAACUUCCCUAAACAGGGCUGCCUUCUGAUGUCUUUUAAAGAUAAGAUAGCUACUUAUUUCCUUCACAUCUGAAGGGAGGGCGUUCCACAGGGCGGGCGCCACUACCGAGAAGGCCCUCUGUCUAGUUCCCUGUAACCUCACUUCUCACAAUGAGGGAACUGCCAGAAGGCCCUCGGAGCUGGAACUCAGUGUCCGGACUGAACGAUGGGGGUGGAGACGCUCCUUCAGGUAUACAGGACUAAGGCCAUUUAGGGCUUUAAAGGUCAGCACCAACAUUUUGAAUUGUGCUUGGAAACAUACUGGGAGCCAAUGCAGAUCUCUCAGGACCGGUGUUAUGUGGUCCUGGCGGCCACUCCCAGUCACCAGUCUAGCUGCCGCAUUCUGGAUUAAUUGCAGUUUCUGGGUCACCUUCAAAGGUAACCCCACGUAGAGCGCAUUGCAAUAGUCCAAGCAGGAGAUAACUGAACCUGAAACCAUUCUUAACCUGAAACCGUUCUUAACCCGAGGUACCACUUUAGUUAAUGGGGCCUCCCGCUGCCGCUGCACCACCGGCGCACAAUUUCUGUUCUCAUCCUGAGGUACAGUUCUUAACCCGAGGUACUACUUCCAGGUUAGUGGCGUCUGUAACCCGAGGUGUUUGUAACCCGAGGUGUUUGUAACCCAAGGUACCACUGUACCUGCUUCUCUCACAUUCCUCAUCCCAAGCCUUGCUGUUAAGCUUGUGGGGUGGUGUCAGAGGCAUAGUGUGAGGAGGGCAGAGGGGCCAUGGGCCCGGGCGCAUGAUUUUGAGGGAGUUGAAUCUAGGUGGCUCCAUCACAGAGGCCAUAGCCGCAGGGAGGCAAGCUGCCAUUGGGAUGAUGGUGCCUCCUUCUCCUCAUAACUGGUGAAGGAUGCCCACACAUGCCCUUGCCACAGAUUCACCCGAGGGAUUCAGAGGGGCAGUAAGCCGAGGUGCAUUUCAUCGCGUGUGCCCAGAUCAGUCACAUUUGCUCAUGUUUCACUUCCUGUUUUGGUUUCCCACGACGCAGCUACACGUCCGAUGUGGCGUCUGGCUUGAGCGAUGGUUACGAGGGUAUCUCUGCGAGCGAGCGCCGAGCAAAGCCCCUGGCCAAGAAGGGGUCUGGAAGACUGCUGCGCCGCCGUGCCCGAUCUCGCCUACGCAUCACAAAUGUGAGCGCUGCCCGCAUUGCGACAGGCUUGGGUGCUAUGUGUCCUGAUCGGUGGGAUAUUUGUGUGUGGUUCUGAACUCCCAUCUCCAUUGUGCUAAUAUAUAUCCUGUGGUUCUCAGCUGGUUAGGUUUCCCGACUGACUGAUAGUGGGCUGGAUCCAGACUUAGUUGUGCUCUGAGUAGACCCACUGGAAUUCAAGCCCCAUAGAUUGCAUUGGGCCUGCUCUUGACAUGACUAAGCAUGGAUUCAACCCUGUAUUUUUCCCCCCAGAGUGAGACAGUCGGAGCUCACAUGAAUUACUGGUGUUCGAAGGAAAGGCUACCAUUAAUGUUUUCAUUUUGCAGGGGGGACAACAGAAAAAAGGAACCCUUUGAAAACCAUAUGAAAACACAAAGCGCCUUGUCCUCCCCCUUCCUUUCCGGCCGUUGUGAGGGAAACCCCGCCAGAUGGGCGGGGUAUAAAUAAUAAAUUAUUAUUAUUAUUAUUACUAUUAUUAUUUCCAAGCUUCAGAAUUCAAAUACCUUCAAAGAGCCAAACCCAGUCAUUUCGGCAGCUGAUUAAUUGCAGCCCGUUAUCAUAUAUUAUUUCAGGAGCGCCUCCUGAUUAAUGCCAAUAUUCCAAAUUAAUGAGGAACCAGUCACCAAUCAUUGCCAGAGACAGAGGCCUGUCCAUGGCAGAGACACAUUCCCAGGUCGCACCCGCUCUUGUCUUUCAAGUUGGCAGACACGAGCUUAAGCGGCACAGUGGGAUGCAGUGAGCUCCCCAGAACCCCCUGAGGAGCAAUUGCCAGGAAUUUUACCUCAUAAAUCCUGACUUUCCCCUGCCUAAACCUCCCCACUGCCCCAGAGGGCAGCGGAGAGCUACCGCCAUUAAUCGUGACGUCAGGAGGAAACCCUGUUGACCUUGAUUUUAAAUGAGCUGUGUCACUUGAGUGUGAUUCUAAUCGUUCAGUGAGUGCUGUGGUAUCUUCAAGCCGAAAGGCAAAUUAUUGGGCUAGCUUUGAGUACAAACUGCUGUGUGGGCACCAGUUCAUUGCUCUCCCAGCUUCCCAGCCAGGGGCGAACGAAGGCGUUGUGACACCCGGGGCGGGGUGUCGCUACAUAGGGCGCAUGUGUGGCGUUGCUAUGUACGGCGCAUUUGCUGUAUGUAGCGACGUCGCACAUGAGCUGUAUAUAGCGGUUUGCCGGCACUCUAGCACCAUACAUACGGUGCCAGGAUCCUCUGCUUGUGGCUGCAGCCGUGAACGGAUGAUCCUCUACAUGCGGCUGUAGCCACGACGGAGGGAUCCCACUGCUGUUUGUACGACGCUCGAGUGGCUCCAGCGGCAAACCGCUAUGUACAGCGCAUGUGCAGCGGCGUUACAUACAGCGCAUGUGUGUGACACCGCACAUGCGCUGUACAUAGUGGUUUGCCGCCAGUGCCCAGAUCCUCUGCUCGCUGCUGCAGCCGCAAACGUAGGAUUCUCCACAUGCGGCUGCAGCAGCGCAAUGGCUGCUUGCGCCGCCACUGUGGGGUGAGCCCCCGCAGGACACCUUCUUGUCACCCCCCCCCCGACAUGGCAUAAACUUACAUCAUGCAAGAGAGUGUAUUCAGAAAGGACUCAUUCAGGUGUACUACAUGCCAGGAAACGAAAUUCCUGCAGAUCUGUUGUCUAAGGUUGUUAACAGAGAACAACUUAAGGUUUAUGUACAGAGGUUGCAGUUGGGUUGAACCACAGGUACUACAGGUUACAUGGAAAGGGGGAGGAUGUUAGGAUAUAGUUCCGUUCCACCUUAAAAGGGAACAGGCAUGGCUGUGUCACAUGCCUGUUUACUUCCAGCACUUGCUGGGAACGUCCGUUUGUAUAUUGCUUUUGCAUUGCUGCUGUUUUGCUGGACACGAAGGGAAGCAGACAUGUUUCCUUUGUUCCUGAACUAUGCUGAAUAAAUGCUGUAAAUAAGCUUGCACAUCUCUCUGUCCGCCACUUCUGCUGUGAGAAGAUUUAUUCACUCUGCUGAUAGAGCGUGCACGGGUCUCUAAAGAUAUCUGAGGCUCGUGUCGCUGAUUGAUGCUGUUCCAAGGGAGACCGGUGAUCGUCUGGCUGCCGGCCGGUGACUGGAACCAGCUGGGGGCCUGCCCGAUGCCCCCGUCUCCCCAGGAGUAUCCCAACAGUCACCUGGGGCGCACUGCCCCCCUUCACCCCCGUUGCGAUGCCACUGUUCCCAGCGCCACCACUGUGGGAACAGGAAGCUGAAUUAAAUGGGGUAUUGGCCUGAUCCAAUAAGUCUUUUCUUAUGUGGCUUCUUCAAAUCUAGUGUAUUUGCUUUUAGACUCUUAAAAUCAAGUGGCAGUUCAGACAAGUGCUUUCGUUCCUACGUAAGGAGAGGCUUCUGGAUCAGGCCAAUGGCCCAGCCAAUUUGUAUCCUGUACUCACAGUGGCCACCCAGAGGUUCGUGGGAAAACCCUCACGCAGGACCUCAGCACAAGAGCACACGCCUUUCCUGUGGUUUUCAGCUACUGGGCUUCGGAAGUAUUUGCUGCCUCCGAAACAUAACUGGCCACCCGGCAGGCAUAAUUCAUCUGCAAAUGAAAGCCAGAACUGGUCAGAAAUGUCAUAUUUCAGUCUGUUCAUCCAGUGGACUUGAGGAAAGGGGCACUCACCAUUUCGUCCUUUCCCCUGCAAGGUUCUAGGUCAGGGGUCCCCAAACUAAGGCCCAAGGGACUCGUUUAUCUGGCCCAGCGCUGCUCUGCGUGGCUCCCCACUUCCGGGUCGGAGGAGCACCGGAAAUAGCUUGUUCGCAUGCGUAAGCAUUAUUUGCGCAUGCGCAAGCAUUAUUUCCGGUGCACAUCUGGGUCGGAGGAGGCCUGGGCACAUGCGCACAAGCUAUUUCCGGUGCUCCUCCGACCCGGAAGUGCGCCAGAAAUAGCGUGUGCACACACGUAUGGGCACGCGCUCCCCUCCCUCUGGCCCGCCGCGCGAUCGGCACUGGAGACACCGGUUUGCUGACCCCUGUUCUAGGUGCUUGGAUAGUCUCAAGAGUCUCCAUGUGGGUAGUGUUGUUGUUUAAUUUGCAACCUUCCAUGUGUGCAGAUGCCAGUCCAGAAUGACCGGGUGGUUGAGUGCCAGCUGCAAACGUACAACAACAAGAUGGUGACCUUCAAAUUUGACUUGGAUGGAGACAGCCCAGAGGAGAUUGCAGCUGUCAUGGUGAGGACGCAGGGUUUUCACGCUGCGGGAAGAUUUUGACGUUCUCAAUCCUGACUCUGACUCCUCUCUUCCUUUGUGUCUCCGUCUUCUUCAGGUUGCCAAAGAAUUCAUCCUGAAAUCUGAACAGGAGGGGUUCAUCCGGAGAAUCCGUGAUAUUAUCCAGCGUGUGGGGACCCUCCUGAGCAAAGACCUGGGGGCUCUGGGCAGCCCUGAAACGGGGAGCCUGUCCCCAAUUUUGGCUGCUGAUGGACUCUCGGUGAGUGCCAGACCUAUGGAAGUCGGGGGAAUUUAGGCAGCCUCUUGGAUGUUUCAGCCCUGAUCUCCCCCUCUGGUUUCAUGAAACCAGAAUGAGGUCCAGCAAACCGUUUAGACGCACAGAUGUGCUUUGUGAGUUGUUUAAAAUGGACUUACAGGUGUCUUUCCCACUUGCCCAUUUUGAAUUUUAUUGUUAUUCAUGUUUUUAUACUGUAUUUUAUGCUGCAUUUAUAAUUAAGUGUUUUAAAUUUGUUGUUAGCCGCCCUGAGCCCGGUUUUUGAACCGGGAAGGGCAGGGUAUAAAUAAAAAUUUAUUAUUAUUAUUUAUUAGGUAAAGGUAAAGGGACCCCUGACCAUUAGGUCCAGUCGUGACCGACUCUGGGGUUGCGGCGCUCAUCUCGCUUUAUUGGCCGAGGGAGCCGGAGUACAGCUUCCGGGUCACGUGGCCAGCAAGACUAAGCUGCUUCUGGCGAACCAGAGCAGCGCACGGAAACGUCAUUUACAUUCACGCUGGAGCGGUACCUUUGUCUACUUGCACUUUGAUGUGCUUUCAAACUGCUUGGUUGGCAGGAGCAGGGACUGAGCAACGGGAGCUCACCCCGUCGUGGGGAAUUGAACCGCUGACCUGAUUGGCAAGUCCUAGGCUCUGUGGUUUUAACCCACAGCGCCACCCGCGUCCCCCUAUUAUUAUUAUUUAUUAUUCCCUGUCAAAUUGAGUAAAGAUCCCUUCCGACAUCAUCAACCUUCCCACAGCUUCUGGCAGCUUUUUCCUUGUUUCCUCCUCUCUCAGAGGAGGUGGCUCUUUUCCCAAGGUGGCUGUUUCCGCAGAGACAGGGCGGGUUGGACGAGGGUCCAAGCCCUCCUGAAUGCCACACCUUGAGCAGAAAUACCUUCCGUUUAAUCCCAAAUUUAUGGUGGUUGGUUUGUGAAAAGGUAAAGGCACUCUGCACAUGGUCCGAAGUAUGCUUGUUUUAUUACUUUACACAUUUCAGGCCUAAUUUCAGAGUAAUCCCUGCCGGCAAACUAGCCCUAUGUGCCUUUUCUUUCAUCCAUAUGAUGUUUUGGAUUUCUCCUGGGCCCAACGAAAACAUUUUAUUUUUUAAUUCUGUGUCAUUGUAGGGUAAGCUGCCUCCACAAGGCCUCUCGCGCUCAAUCUCUUCAUCCUCAUCUCUUAGCGGUAUGUAACCCAAAACCUUUUGUACCCCAGAUUAGCACACCUGUGCCCUUUUCUUAACCAGGGCUGAUCUCUCAAGUUACCGUAUUUUUCGCUCUGCAGGACGCACUUUUUCCCCUCCAAAAAUGAAGGGGAAAUGUGUGUGCGUCCUAUGGAGCGAAUGCAGGCUUUCGCUGAAGCCUGGAGAGCGAGAGGGGUCGGUGCGCACCGACCCUCUCGCUCUCCAGGCUUCAGGAAGCUAUCCGCAAGCCUUCAAUAAACGUUCAAUAAACAUUCUCCAAUCUUCUCUAAACAUAUGUUUUUCUUGUUCUCUUAUUCUAUAUGUUAAAUCUGCAAGCUGUGCAUAUUCUGUCUACUUGAGCUGCUAUUCUUCUUUGGUUGGGACCUCGCUGAUUUUCCAUUUUGGGGCUGACAAAACACGGGCCGCAGUGGUAGCAUGCAAAAAUAACCUUUUUUGACACCUGGGAAUUUCAGUCUGAAUUAUCCCCAACAGAAAGGACUCUGGGGUUUUUUAGGAAAGCACUUUUAAACAUUUUUAAAAAUUCAUUAUAGAUCAUUCCCAAUACAAUGGUACCUCGGGUUACAGAUGCUUCAGGUUACAGACUCCGCUAACCCAGAAAUAGUACCUUGGGUUAAGAACUUUGCUUCAGGAUGAGAACAGAAAUGACGCAGAGGCAGCAGGAGGCCCCAUUAGCUAAAGUGGUGCUUCAGGUUUCAAGUUAAGAACCUCCAGAACGAAUUAAGUUCUUAACCCGAGGUACCACUGUACCCUUUUAUGAGUCCACCACAUAUGAGAGAACGUUCCCUCAACCUCUUUGCUCCUUGUUUCAGAUUUUGGUUGCUCCAGCCCUGGGCAGUCGGUCACGUCCCCCGUCCAAGCUUCUCUGGUAGACCCCGUCUCUGAGAACGAGUCCUUCAGCUCCAGGGCUCCCCCUCCAAGUACCCAGAACUUUGGGCUGCCUUUGCUUUCAGCAGUACCCACAGGUAAAACCAAUCUGUUUCCAGCUUCCUGCAUUCAUAGAAAUGCCCAGGCAAGUGUCAGCCUGGGAGCCAAAUCACUCCUGCUUUCCCAUGCGACAUCAGUCCAGUUCCUUUGAACUGUGGAACACGGGUUGGAUAUCUAAGUAUUUAGCAAGGAAAUGGGAUGGCCCGUUGCAAACAGAGGGUUUGUUGUUGUUUUUUGUUGUUGUUUUUUUAAAAUGAUAUUUAUUGAGAUUUCAAAAACAAAAAAUUACAUAAAAGACAAUGAAAAAUAUAGAAAAAAAGAAAAAGAGAAAAAACAUACAAAAUGCAAAGUAUAGAAAAAAAUAUAUAGAAAAAACACUUAGAAACAAAUUUAUCCUUCCAUAUCUUACAUUUCAUUUCCUUGCUUUCCUGACCUCCUCACACCUCCCUUUUUUGUAUUCCGGUUCAAUUGGUUAAUUCAGCAAUUCCUUUCCCUCUUUGUUUUUGUCUUAGUCCUUUAACUUAAUAUAUUAUAGCUUUAAAUUCUCACCUAUUAACCAGCCAUUUUUUCAUACACCUUUAUGGCAUUGCCGCUAGAACCACUUAAUUUCAUUCUGACAUCAUACUAACAUUCAUUAAUUUUACAAUAUUUCUGUAAAUAGUCUUUAAAUUUCUUCCAAUCUUCUUCCACCGACUCUUCACCCUGCAAACAGAGGGUUUGGAGUGUAGAUGGGUGUGGGUGUGAAUCCUGAACAAAUACACCGAAUCGGACACGCUUUCAUAUAGGAGUGUGUGGGUUUUUAAAAAGGUUUUAUGGGUUUGGAGAAACGUGUAGGCCGAUUCUGGCGAAAUAUCCAAUCUUCUGUAGGAGACAGCUGUAUAUCAUCCAUAAUUUUAUUAAGAGAAUUUUAAUAAUUAAGCAGUCCAUCCAUCUCCUUUCUGUAUAUAGUUUUAGUUCCAUUACUGUUUUAACUACAGUCGUACCUUGGAAGUCAAAUGGAAUCCGUUCCGGAAGUCCGUUCGACUCCCAAAAUAUUCGGAAACCAAAGCAUGGCUUCUGAUUGGCUGCAGGAAGCUCUUGCAGCCAAUCAGAAGCUGUGGAAGCCUCGCCGGACAUUUGGCUACAGAAAAUAGUUUGAAAGCUGGAACACUCACUUCCGGGUUUCGGUCAUUCGGGAGCCGAUUUUUUACGGGAGCCAAGGUGUUUGAGAUCCAAGGUACGACUGUAUUUCUUAAUGAUUGUUUUCUUCCCCCUGCGUUUUUGGAGAUUCUUGCUUUUAUCCGUAAGCUGCCUUGAAUCCCACCAUCAGGGAAAAGGCAGGGUAGAAAGAAACAUAAAAUGAUGAUGAUGAUGAUUUAUAAAUACAGUGGUACCUUUUGGGGUGGGGGGGAGAUCAGUUUCAGGUUAAGAAUGGACCUCCAGAACGAAUUAAGUUCUUAACCUGAGGUACCACUGUAAAUAAAAACAAAGGCAUCUCGCUUGGCCGCCCUGCCAACAAGGGCUUUGUGUUCUUCAAUGAUGAUGUUUCCUUGCAUCUCCUGCUCACCUGCCAAAUCUGCCUUCCUCCUUACAGGUGUCCCCUGCGUGCCGGCACAGACCUGGCCGCCGUACCACAUGCUGCCGCCAGCUCCUGCUACGCCUCCGUACCUCUUCCCUGUCCCCCAGCCCAUCGCCCCGCUGAGCCCCCUCCUCCCCACACUGUCCCUCCCCCCACCGCCCGCCCCGCCAGUCGUCCCCGCCGUACAGCCUCCCGCCGCCCCGCUCUGGACCCCUUCCACGUCCCCGCUGCUCUCUCUCGCCAACGUCUUCUCCCUGGCGGUGAUGAGCGUGGCUCAGUCCCUUCUUCCUGCCGUGACCGCGGCUUCCGCCCAGGCAGGACCUCUCUACACCUCGCCGGUCUCGCAGUCACCGGUGCUCUGCCCGCCUAGCCCAGCUCCCGCGCGAUUCGUCUACCCUGAGGUCAUGGUUCCUCCUGCCAAGCCGGCCCAGCUAGUCAAUGGCGCAUUGGGGAUGCCAGCACCUCCAGGCUCUCUGCCGUCCCUGAGUACGCCAACCACCAGCAGGCCUGACGAUGGCAUGGUGAGUGUGCAGAUGUGCGUGCUUCCUCCCGCCCCCCACACUUGUGCAUGACCGCGUGCGCAUGCAGUGCUGGGAAAUAAAGAAAUGGAACUAUCUCAGGAAGUAGCAUGGUUUACAACACCGUAAUAUAUCCCCCAGGGUGGUGCUGUGGGUUAAACCACAGAGCCUAGGACUUGCCGAUCAGAAGGUCGGUGGUUCGAAUCCCCGUGACGGGGUGAGCUCCUGUUGCUCGGUCCCUGCUCCUGCCAAGCUAGCAGUUCGAAAGCAUGUCAAAGUGCAAGUAGAUCAAUAGGUACCGCUCCGGCAGGAAGGUAAACGGCGUUUCUGUGCGCUGCUCUGGUUCGCCAGAAGCGACUUAGUCAUGCUGGCCACAUGACCCGGAAGCUGUACGCCAGCUCCCUUGGCCAAUAAAGCAAGAUGAGUGCCGCAACCCCAGAGUCGGUCACGACUGGACCUAAUGGUCAGGGGUACUUUUAAUGUAGCCCUCAGGCAGAAGAUAUAGAAGCAUGAUUAGUUGCACCAACAGGGUAAAGAACAGCUGCUAUUCGUGGGCUGUUAGGCUGCUGAAUGAAAAGAUAACAACAGGGCAACGGACUUUUGGGUUGGGUGGGUGUGCGUCAGUAAACGAGGGGAAUUAAGACUAAGAGAGCUGAGUGGGGGGUGCUCGUGUAAUCUCACUAUAUACAAGUUGUACAAGUGACAAUAAAAAAUUUCAAAUGUACCGCCAACUAAACUUCGCAAUACAGUGGUACCUUGGUUCUCAAACUUAAACCGUUCUGGAAGUCCGUUCCAAAACCAAAGCGUUACAAAACCAAGGCGCGCUUUCCCAUAGAAAGUAACGCAAAACGGGUUAAUCCAUUCCGGACGAUUAACAGCAACCCCUCAAACAGCCAUUUAACAUGAAUUUUACUAUCUAACGAGACCAUGGAUCCAUAAAAUGAAAGCAAUAAACAAUGUACUGCAGCCACACAAUCAAUCAGUAGCCGAACUGGGUUCCACACAGUCACAAAAAAGAGCCGCAAAAACGCAAAAUAAAUAGCAAAAACAGACAGACCUCAGCUUAACACCCAAAUCGGAAGUGUGGCGCUCAAAACGGAAGCGUAACACUCAAAACGGAGCUCGUUCGGCUUCUGAAAAAAGUUCACAAACUGGAACACGAUGCAGGGGAAACUGUGAAGCCAGCUUAUGCCUCUGCUGAUAUAGUUCCAUCGUUAUUUCAAACGUCGUGAUACAGCAGUAUAUCGCAAUAUUUAGCUGGUGAUAUAUAGCUGAGAUGUGGGUGGCGCUGUGGGUUAAACCACAAUGCCUUGGACCUGCCGAUCAGAAGGUUGGCGGUUCGAAUCCCCGUGACGGGGUGAGCUCCUGUUGCUCGGUCCUUGCUCCUGCCAACCUAGCAGUUCGAAAGCACGUCAAAGUGCAAGUAGAUAAAUAGGUACCUCUCCAGCGGGAAGGUAAACGGCGUUUCCAUUCGCUGCUCUGGUUUGCCAGAAGCGGCUUAGUCAUGCCGGCCACAUGACCCGGAAGCUGUACGCUGGCUCCCUCGGCCAGUAAAGCGAGAUGAGUGCCGCAACCCCAGAGUCGGUCAGGACUGGACCUAAUGGUCAGGGGUCCCUUUACCUUUUACUAUAUCAUGAAAUUGAAAACCAGCCAUCACCCAGCUCCUUUAUGUCGUUCCACCGUUAUUUCAAACAUUGUGAUAUAGCGGUAUAUCGCAAUAUUUAGCUGACGACAUAUUGUGAAGUUGAAAACCAGCCAUCACCCAGCCCUACUGUUCCCCUUUACGUAGUUCCAUCGUUAUUUCAAACGUCGUGAUAUAUCACAAUAUUUAGCUGACGAUAUAUCGUGAAGGUGAAAACCAGGUAUCACCCUAAGCAGAUUAGUUGUCCCAGGGUGUGGGUGCUAAAUGUGGGUGUCCAGGAGGCAGGGAACUAACAUUAGGUCCAGCGAAUGGGGUGGAAAUGGGGAGGUUCGGUACUGACCCCUCACAUAUACAAAACUUUCUCUCUCUCUCUACAGGUGCCUCCUGCGUCCUCGUGGUCUGGGUCACUGCUCAGUGCGCCAGAUUCUUCCACCUCCAAGCUGCCGCCACCUCGGCUCUCGCCCAUCAAUGAAGGUGUGGAGUGUUUGGGGGCCGGAGAUAAAUCUUUGCGGCUGUGGCAAUAGGGCGCGCAACUGUUUGGGGCAGCGGCGGGGCUUGGGAAAGCAGCUGCCUUCAGCGCAGAGUUCCACCUCCAGUCCUGGAAGCGUAUUCUCUGUGCUCAAGAAAACACAAACUAGGAAUGGAGAGACCUCUCACUGUGGCGGCCUUUUCACCUUUGCAAAGCUAAGCAGGGUCCGCCGUGGUUUCAAAUGGGAUGGGGGACAGCGUGUUGAGAUCCCUGCAUUGCAGGGGGGUUGGGAUAGAUGACACCCAGGGUCCCUUCUGAUUCUGUGAUUCUCGCUUGGCAACUGCAGCCGCGCUCCUUUGGAAUAAGAGGAACGAGCGCUCAGAUUUAUGGCUUCAGGGCUUUUACGUUAUUAAGCUUUAUAAGUCUCACCUUUAUUAAUAAGAGUUUUCAGCAUAUGAAACAUUAAAAGCCAAACUAAUCUAAAAAGCAAUAAUACAAAACAAUACAAAGAAAAGAGGAAAAGUAAAUAACAGUAAUAACAAAACAAUAAUAGCAAGAAUCACAAUAAAACACAAAAUUAAAUAUAUAUAUGCCUCUAUUUUACCUUGAUCUUCAAAACCACAUACAAAGAAGUGAGUCUUCCCAUCUCUCACCUGGGAGAGUUUUCCCGCUUCAACAAGCUGAGGAAAACCCACUCUGGUUUCUCUGUAACACAGAUUCCCUUCAUUUUCUACCCAUGACCUUUCUGCAUAUAUCUUCAUUUAUCCUGAAUAUAAACCUUCAGAAAUCAAAACGUAUAUGUAAGAAGCAAUAGAGAGCUAUCAAGAAUUCACAAUCAUAAAGAAAACAGAGAGGGGGAGGGGGAAAAACAAAGUAAGAAAAGAUUAAAAGGGUAAAGAGGUUUCCGCUUCUCUAUUCUCAGGGCAGUUAACAAAAUAAAAUCAAGAAAUAAAAGCACAAAAUACAUAAUAAAAAUAACAACAACAACCCAAUAGCCACCCCCCCCCAAAAAAACACAUUAUAAAAGGGCAUAGGAUGUCAAACAGAUCAACCAAAGGCCUGGUUAAAAAGGAACGUUUUUGCCUGGCACUUAAAGGUGUAUAAUGAACGUGCCAGGCGAACUUCCCUGGGGAGAGCAUUCCACAAACAGGGAGCCACUGCAGAGAAGGCCCCGUUCUUGUGUUGCUGCCCUCCGCACCUCUCGAGGAGGAGACACACAAUUAGUACCAACAUUAUUAAAGAAUUUAAGCACCGGUUGUUCUUUUUCCAAGAACCCCUUUAUAUUGGGGGACGCCUGAGGCUUCUCCCCAUCCUCAUUGUUAACCAAAGGUAAAGGGACCCCUGACCAUUAGGUCCAGUCGUGGCCGACUCUGGGGUUGCGGCACUCAUCUCGCUUUAUUGGCCGAGGGAGCCGGCAUACAGCUUCCGGGUCAUGUGGCCAGCAUGACUAAGCCGCUUCUGGCAAACCAGAGCAGCGCACGGAAACGCCGUUUACCUUCACACCGGAGCGGUACCUAUUUAUCUACUUGCACCUUGACGUGCUUUCGAACUGCUAGGUUGGCAGGAGCAGGGACCGAGCAGCGGGAGCUCACCCCGUCGCGAGGAUUCGAACCACCGACCUUCUGAUCGGCAAGUCCUAGGCUCUGUGGUUUAACCCACAGCGCCACCCGCGUCCCUUAUUGUUAUUGUUAACCUGCCCGCCCACUUUCCCCCCGCUGACAGAGCCCAAGCCCCAGAUCCUGGGCCGUUUCCAAGUGACCCCCACCCGGGAUGUGCUCCCCGAGAACCCCCCAAGGGGCGACAGCACCAGCUCUUCCAGCACCACGGAGUUGGACAGCGGGUCUCCGGGUGGGACGCCGGUGCAGGACGCUGAGGAGGGCACCACCCCUGUGGCGGAAGCGGAAGGGGAAGGGGAGGCUCAGCCCAGCACCCCCGUUUGGAUGAGCUGCUCUCACAGCCUCUCGUACCCGAGCAGCGACGACUCGGACAGCCCUGAGGACGACGAGGUCUGGGACGAGCUGCAGGCCUUGCGCCAGAAGUGAGUGUGGGGUUCGUUGGGGGAUGGAGGUCCCUUUCUCCCCGCCACCCCACCCCUCCGUGACCCAACGCCCGCUCUUUCCUUCUCAGGCACCUCUCUGAGGUCGAAGUUCUCCAGGCCCGGCAGAAGAAGGAGAUUGAGGCGCUGUACGCCCGCCUGGGCAAGGUGCCGCCCGCCGGGAUUGUGUCCCCCGCCGACAUGCUAUCCAGCCGCCAGCGCCGCUUCUCCAAGGGAAACCCCUUUGCGCGCCGCAGCAGCCUGCAGCGGGUGGACUUGGCGCAACCUCAGGGUAAGCUGCCUCCGCGCCGCCGGGCCACAUUGGCAAGUGCCAACUGGAGGAGGUGGCUAUGUGGCUCUCUGUUCUGAAGCUGGUGUGUGCUUUCUGGGUUUUCUCUGAUUCAUUGUUGUUGUUUAGUCGUGUCCGACUCGUCGUGACCCCAUGGACCAGAGCACGCCAGGCACUCCUGUCUUCCACUGCCUCCCGCAGUUUGGUCAAACUCAUGCUGGUAGCUUCGAGAACACUGUCCAGCCAUCUCUUCCUCUGUCGUCCCCUUCUCCUUGUGCCCUCCAUCUUUCCCAACAUCAGGGUCUUUUCCAGGGAGCCUUCUCUUCUCAUGAGGUGGCCAAAGUACUGGAGCCUGAGCUUCACGAUCUGUCCUUCCAGUGAGCACUCAGGGCUGAUUUCCUUCAGAAUGGAAAGGUUUGAUCAUGCAGUCCAUGGGUCUCUCAAGAGUCUCCUCCCGCACCAUAAUUCAAAAGCAUCCAUUCUUCGGCGAUCAGCCUUCUUUACGGUCCAGCUCUCCCUUCCAUACAUCACUACUGGGAAAACCAUAGCUUUAACUAUACGGACCUUUGUCGGCAAGGUGAUGUCUCUGCUUUUUAAGAUGCUGUCUAGGUUUAUCAUCGCUUUUCUCCCAAGAUUUGAUUCAUUAGUCCAGACUAUUUUAUUAAGGCAGCUUUCAGAGCCGGCCCAGCCAAGAGGCAACAUGAGGCGACUGCCUCAGGCAGCAGGAUCUGUUAGGCAGCAAAUCCGGCCUCCGAAGAAUGCAUCACCCAGUUCCUCUGCUAGGUGCCCCCUUGAAGGCAAGAUAUGUUGCCUUUGCAACAGCCUAUCAGCAAAUAGGAGGCACUGCUGGUCUCCUUCCAUUCCUGGGGAGGAAAUGGCGGGGGCUGCCCGCUGGGGUCCCUUGGGCACUGCACGCAACUUGGCGCGAUUCAGAGCAGGCCCCUUUCCCCCACAACAGCCUUUGAUGCCCAUUUCAACCAUCGGGUUGAGGAUGAUUCGGUACCCCACUUGUUCCCAGUAGAGAUCUUCACCCACUGUCAGGGACUGGCUGGAUUAGAAGAGUGGUGGGAACCACACACCCAAGAGCCCCCAGAAGAAGGGCACAGAAGACGACGACUUCGGUCUCAGAUCCCGGUGGUGGGACACUGAAGAGCAGUCAGCGGAAGGGACAAGCUGGGAGGUGCUAGAAGCAGGGGGUUUGAGCAAUCAAGGGGGAUGAGGAGAAGCAGGGUCUUCCAGGACUAGGGUUAGAGCAAACUUUUUCAGCAGGGGGCCAGUCCACUGUCCCUCAGACCUUGUGAGGGGCCAGACUAUAUUUUGGGGGGAAAAUAAAUGAUUUCCUAUGCCCCACAAAUAACCCAGAGAUGCAUUUUAAAUAAAAGGACACAUUCUACUCAUGUAAAAACACCAGGCAGGCCCCACAAAUAACCCAGAGAUGCAUUUUAAAUAAAAGGACACAUUCUACUCAUGUAAAAACACGCCGAUUUCCGGACUGUCCGCGGGCUGGAUUUAGAAGGCGAUUGGUCCGAAUCCAGCCCCUGGGCCUUAGGUUGCCUACCCAUGGUAACCUAAGUCACAGUGGGAGUACAGGCUUAGACCGAAAGGAGUCAGAGUUUGGCCCUGCUACACAGCAGCAAACAGUCCCAGCCGCCUCUGUGCUUGGUAGAAAGGCGUUUUGGCACUGCUGGUAUUGUGAACAAACCCCGUACAUCUCUUGACAAGGAGGCUGAAAUGUAUGCCAUUAUUUAUCAAUUCUCGCUUCCCACAAAUUACCUUUCCUCUCCACCGAACUAUGCGAUUUGUCACUGGGCUUUUCACUACACUCCCCUGCGUUGUAACUUUGCCGAAAUACAAGUAGUUUAAAUCUUUUUUCUGCUUUUUACCCUAUCCCCAUUUUCCUCAGUUGUGCCCAUGUUGAGAAUGUAGGCUUCUUGGGGCAGGGACCUGCCAAUCCCCUUCUUCACCAAGAACCACGUGCAUAGAUAGCGAUAAGUGUUGAUCUUGCGCAACUCUGCAUUUUCCUUAUCCCUUCCACCCGCCCCCUUCCAUACUAAUGGUAUCAUGAAGGAGCUCAAACCUCUUUGUAAUAGUCCCUUUCCCUCGCUCUUGUUGCCCCCGCAGGGAUCAUGAGGAGGAAUUCUGUAAGCGGUGGGAGCACCAACACUUCCCAGGAGCAGCGACAGAGCAAAGGUGUGACGUUCGCCAGUGAUAUUGGAUGCAUGGUGAGUCGUGACCCUGGGGUGGAGGGUGAGAGAGUACUGGACCUCGGGCCACGCUCCAGAGGAUUUAGAUAGACGGACAGACACAUGGGCGUUCACACACAUCUUUAAAUAUUUAUUCAAAAGUGAAGAGGGUUAAACAAACCCUUUGGAGGGAACAAGUCCCACAUCAAGGUGUGUUCUAUGGCAAAGGUUCAUUUUACUCCCCCUGUCUUAAGGCAGAAACCCCCAGUGUGUGUGGUAUUGGUGGUAAUUGUUGUUUAGUCAUGUCCGACUCUUCGUGACCCCAUGGACCAGAGCACGCCAGGCACUCCUGUCUUCCACUGCCUCCCGCAGUUUGGUCAAACUCAUGCUGGUAGCUUCGAGAACACUGUCCAACCAUCCCAUCCUCUGUUGUCCCCUUCUCCUUGUGCCCUCCAUCUUUUCCAACAUCAGGGUCUUUUCCAGGGAGUCUUCUCUUCUCAUGAGGAGGCCAAAGCAUUGGAGCCUCAGCUUCAGGAUCUGUCCUUCCAGUGAGCACUCAGGGCUGAUUUCCUCCAGAAUGGAUAGGUUUGAUCUUCUUGCAGUCCAUGGGACUCUCAAGAGUCUCCUCCAGCACCAUAAUUCAAAAGCAUCCAUUCUUCGGUGAUCAGCCUUCUUUAGGGUCCAGCUCUCACUUCCAUACAUCACUACUGGUGGUAUCUCGGCACGAAGUGAGAUUCGAGCUUUAUAUAGUCUGAAUGCCCAUUGUUCAAGGACUUAAAAACUGUCGCUGUGUGUUUGUGCUCCUUUGUAACAGCAGCUUGGUGGCCGUAUCUGUGUUCAGUUCCUAAACCUUGAAGUUAGAAGGAUUAUACACAGCAAUGAUAUUCACAGUCUGCAUACACACCGUAGAUUUAAGGCACACCCCAAAGAAGAACCCUGGGAGCUGGAGUUUACCCAUUGCACCCAGCCGCAAUUCCCAGCACUGUUAGCAAACUACAGCUUCCGGGUGCCUUUGGGGGAAGAGAAAUGUUCUUAAAAAUGCUUGAUGAUUCCCAGCCCUGCUAUCCAAGCUCUGCUUUUAAUUGGAGAUACUAGGGAUUGAAGCCAAGGCCUUGUACAUCCAAAGGACAUGUUUACCACUGAACUACCGUAUUUUUCGCUCUAUAGGAUGCACUUUUUUCCCUCCAAAAAUUAAGGGGAAAUGUGUGUGCGUCCUAUAGAGCGAAUGCAGGCUGCGUGGCUAAGCCCAAAGCCGGAACAGGGCGACGGAGCGCUCCGUCUCACUCUUCUAGCUUGGGGUUAGCUGCACAAAGCCUCUGCAGGCUGCAACGCUUCCCCCCACCGCCAGCCCCACAAGCUCGGGGGGCAGCGGGAAGGUGGUGUGCUGCCUUUGCGCUGUUCCCCGACCUGGUCUUUGAGGCUGGCGGUGGGGGAAGCAGUGCUUCCCCCCGCCAGCCCCAAAGAGCAGGUCGAAAGGAACCCAAAGCCUCCGGAGCCCAGUGGGAACUCCUGCUGGGCUCCGGAGGCUUCGGGUGAACGCACCUUGAACGCACAGAAUGCACCUUGUUUUAGAGGGGGAGAACAAGAAAAAUUCUCCCCCUCCUAUGGUCCGGUACGUCCUAUAGAGCGAAAAAUACGGUACAUCUCCCUGUCUCUUUUCCACCUAUUUCCUUUUGUUCCUACAGUAGCAGCCGUGGACACAUUUUGGACUACCUCAGCCUGCUGCCCACCAUCAAGAGGACGGGAGCAGGUGGCAAAGGGUCCUGUGCAGCCUUUGCCUUACACUCCAACAUCAAGGCCAGCAGCCAUCGACGUAGGAAAGUUCCCCUGGCGGAACGAACAGACAAGCUGCCUCUGAGCAACGUACAGAAGCCAAGCGAGCAGCCCAACACUACAGACUUUUCCUCCACACAAGACUUUGUGUCUGCAGAGAGAAGCCAAGCCCCGGUUGUUUGGGGAUGCGUUUUUGUGGGGAAGCCUGAGCUGGCAAGCCUUUCCCGCUGCUUCUGCCUCGCAAAGCAGCAUCACUGUAAACGGAAUCAGGAUGUCGCCUGUUCCGUAUGUGCUAUGGGAUGGGGUCUGCACACAUGGACGGCGUAGGGUGUGCGCGCACCCAAGGCCGGGUCUAACUUAAGCAAGCGUCGCUUGAUCCUCUGUGCCUUGCAUGGCUCAAUUCACAAAGCCACCCCAAGGCCAAAGCGCUUAGAAAACUUUAAGGAGCUGCCUUACGAGAGGAAACUUGCAGAAUUUGUGCCUCAGUGUUAAAGGGAUUGGGGGGGGGCGCCUCUCUUUCUUGCUUCCCUUAGCCUUAGCCCCCCGCUCAGCUCCUGCCUCCAACAGCAGUGGCACUACGUGUCACUAGUUCAUGGCGUGUCUUUGCACUUUUUUACAAAAAAAAACCAAACCAAAACCCUGACCCUGAUUGGGGCAAUGAACUGCUUGGGCUCAUCCUUUUCCUUGCAUGGGAACCUGCACUUUGGAAUGAAACACUGAUGCUUUCUGUUUUGUGUAUGAUUUUUUUUUUUUUUAUCACACACACACACUUUCAUUUUGGAAGCGAAACAGAUAAUGCAUCUGUGUUUUUCGGUGAUUAAUAAAUAAAAGCAACCUCAAACUCCCACCAAGCAACACCCGGGACGUGAGGAAAUUUUGCCUGUUAUACUCAGCACUCAGGACUGCUCUCCCCUUGAAGGACAGACAACACACACCCUGCCAGGAAAGUAAACUCAAGCAGAACCAAAGUCAGUAAGCCAAUAUGCAUGCAGCUGGGAGCUUUCCAAGUUCCCUGAUCCUUCCCACCCCCAAUUACACUCGGAGCACACAAUUGUGUUGUCAAUACUGUACCGUCCUUCUAACUGCAUAUUCUACAGAUGUCAUGCACCACCCCACAAACCAAAAAUGAGUUCUGGAGACAUCACAUUCGGAAUACAUGAGGGGCGGAGGAGGUGGGAAUGAGCUCCUGCAAACAACCCUCUCACAAUCUGGGGUACAGGAAAGUUUUAACGGAUUCAUAACGGCAGAGAUCACCAUGGUAGGCUGGUGGUCGACCUGCUAAUUUCAACAGGUGUUCUCUGAGCGGCACAUAAGUUGAACACUGCCCAUAGCUGCCCCAGCACGUUUUGCUGCUCUGGCGGUUGUGCACAAGUCUUUGGCUGCACACUGUGUACAGGGAAUUGUAAAACUGUAGAGUUGGAAAGGACCACGACAGACAUCUAGGCCACCCCUGUGCAAUACAGGAAUCUUUUGCCCAACACAGGGCUUGAACCCUGGGGCUAAGAGUUGCACGCUCUACUGACGGGGGGUGGGACUGAAAGGGUGCUAAUAUAAAGAGAAAUUUAGUAGUCAUCCUCAGCCUCACCGGACCCACAAAUGCAAAAUCUGUGGUGGAUUGGAACUCCCAUCCAAGAAAACAGAAGGCAUAUACUGGAGAUGUAAAGCUGUUGACUGCUUUUCUUAAAGGAGCCACAGUAAGGGUUAAUUCUCCAAGCUACGGUAAAUAUAAUGGACACUGAGAAGAAUAAGACAUUUGUGUGGUUGAAUACAAAUCCCUCCACUUAAAAUACAGAUGGAUUCUCUUUAAACAUCUGCUUAACUCCACUGGAAGAAAAAGUAGGUAUGUAAAUCUGCAGUAUUAAUCCCAUAAGCAUGUAGGGUAGCUGUAACUUAAGUUUACCCAAGACUUUUGGAAUGAAGUUCGCAAUUGUUCUUGGAAACAUCUUUUGUUUUUGGUUUUUGGGGCAGGUGGGGUGAGUUAUUCAUGCAAGUAAACUUCAGCCAAUAGGCAAGUUCAAAAAGAGAACAAGUUUAAAUGGAGAUUAGCUCAGUUUAUGCUCUUAAAACAAAACACAGGUGUACCUUGAAGGACAGGUAAUAAAGAUCGCAAGAAAGAAUUCUGCAAAAUAGAACCUUGGUAUAUCUUCAUAUCUUUACCAGGCAUCAGCUGCAGAGCUGCUAUCUUCAAGAAUGCCUCUGGUGUUGUUUUUUUUGCAAAAUCUCCAGAAAACAAGUAGUUUUAACCUAUUUCUUAGGGAAAUUGCAAAAAAAAAACCCCCAUCACUUCCGAUACGGGCUGCCCUAUGCCCAGGUUUCCCCGGACAUUUCAGCCACUUUCAGAAAAUUCCGCCCGGAUACCAUUUCAAAGGACAAAUCCCAGCUAUGACAUAUGGCAGCCCUAUGAACGGCCCCAAAUUAUUCAGGGUGGCGAAAAACGAAAUGGAUUUCAAGGCACUCCAAAAGAAAAUCUUCAAACUGAGUGAAUGGGCAACAAAUUGGCAAACGAAGUCCAAUAUAAACUGCUGCACACCGCAGCAAAAGAUAAAUAUCAUAAUUUCACAUAUACACAUGAUGUUUCUGCUGACUGACUGACCAGGAAAGGAAUCCUGGGGUCAGGGAGGUUAGCUCAAUGAAAACAAAACCAGGGUGCAGCAGCUGUGAAAAAGGCAAAUUCCAUAGUGUGGAUCACUAGGAAAAGACUCUAAAGCCAAAACUGUUAAUUCCUUUAUACAAACACAAGGUGCAGCCACAUUUGCAAUACCGUGUACCUUUCUGGUAGCCAGUGCAGAAAAAUGCAACCAAAAUUAUCAGGGAGCUGGAGCACCUCCACAAGGGAAGGUGACAAAAUUUGGGUUUUAGUUCAGGAAAUAAAGGCAGGUAAGGAGUCACAGUAGUUCAUAAAAUUAUACGACUGGGAGAAAAUGCAGAGGUUUCUCAUAAUCAGGGGUCAGCAAACUUUUUUAGCAGGGGGCCAGUCCACUGUCCCUCAGACCUUGUGGGGGGCCGGACUGUAUUUUGAAAGAACAACAAAUUCCUAUGCCCCACAAAUAACCC